GGUGGGGGAGCAGCAUCUCAUUAAGAUGUGCGCAUGCGCGGCAGCAUUUAAUCUUCUACCGAGUUGACUUGCAACACCUUUCCUCAGCAAAGUGGUCAAAAAGAAGUUUUUUACGCAACUUUUGACUACCCAUUUGGCAAUUAGCGCUCAAAUUAGGUUGAACUUGUUUGCUUAUUUUUGUCACUCACUCUAGAAAGUUACUCGUGUGGUUUUAUUUAGGUCAAAAGGUUGUGACAGAAGCUAGUUCCGCCUUGGUUUCCCCCUGUGAAUGGACCAGAACGACAAGUGCCAGAAGUGAUCAGAGGACAACGACAUAGAAGGGAAAACACGACUCCUGACUCUUGGAUAGUUUUCCAAGAACAGUCAAAGGGUGAGUAACCGUUUUCACCAUGUAAAAUUUGGCUUUUUAAAGUUGGAGCCAGUUUCUGUCCGCUAACAAAGCCGAUGCUUUGGUAGUGUUAGUGAGACAGUAAGUUAGCCACCUGUUGCUGGCUCUGGCUCACUUUGGCUAGCAGCAGCAGUAGCAGAGGAUUAGCAUUAUGGCAGUACUCGUUGUAAUCAGCUCUAUCUUUAGCUCACAGGUCGUAUUAAAAGGAGAAAUGAAUAUGAAGGAUGAACUAAUUUAACAAACCGCGUCCGGGCUGUUAUAGUUUGUUUAACGUCCCUCUUCGAGUCGCUGCCUGUAGGGGAGACCGGGUUCGGUUGUCACAAUUUUUACUCUCGUGUGAAUCCCUCAGGAUCAAUAGACAUCUUAAAAGAGUCUGCAACAGACAUUAAUGUAAUGUGUAUUUUUAAAAAAAAGACUACUUGAUUGAUGUCUUAAUUUUAGGUUUUAAAGCAUAGCGUUCUUGGCUGUCACUCUUCACAUAGUAUAGUAUCUGUAUGUUAGUAUCAUAGUACCAUUACUGAGCUUUUUGUUUUUAUCUGUCUUUUUCCAUGUACUCUAUGACUAUAUGUCAAAGCACUUCAUAAACUUGUGUUUUUACAAGUGCUGUACAAAUACAGUUAUUAUUAUUAUUAUUAUGUUGACUGACCACCACAGCAAAGACGGUGUCAUUAAUGAGAUUGAAAUAAUACAGUAUGAUUUGAUACAAUGCAAACUAAUAUCAGUAGGGACAUGCAAUCUUUUUCUUUUCCACAAAGAUCCGAUAUCAGGGCUCGAAUGUGCAACCAUUUCACUCACAUUUGCGACAAAAUUAAUCUCAAAUUAAUUUCAAAUAGUAGUACCUAAGUCGACUAAUAAGACAAACAUUAUUUGAGCAGUUUUCAUUGUGCCCCUAAAGUUCUUUGUGUGGUCCUUGUGAGGAAAAUUAGUGUCAAGCCCUGAAUAUGCAGAUUUUUUCAGACUCAUUUUGGCUGACAUCAGCACAAACCAUGCAUGGUGAUAUUUCCCACCAUGUGUAAAAGCCGAGUGACUAAACGAAUUUCAAGAUUUUCCUGGGCUCCUUUACAUUUGGGUGUUUCCUGUUGUAUUUCUUAGCUGAAUGACUGGAGCGCAGGCUGUUGAUGAGUUUUUCUUGGCAUUUCUUUUGUGCUUACUUUUCAGAAACUCUUUGUGCCUUUUGAGAUGGACAAGUUAAUUGGCAGGGUUAAAGGAAUGUUGUUUUACUCCUCUGAGCUUUGCAAGUAUUUCAUAUAGCUAUUUAGUUGUCUGUUUCCAACACUUCAGAAUACUCCCAAAUACAGCAGACAUGUUAAAGAUCAUUGUUGGCUGACAUGAUUGUAGGGGAUUUUCUAAUCUGCUGAUAAUGAUAAUCAGCCUUUUAAGCUUUUAUCGGCUGUUACAGAUAUUUUGCCAACAGUGUUAUGGGGAAAAUCUACAAGCAGACCCAGAUUGACGGUUGCAAGAGUAUAUAAUUUGCUUGCAAUAUUAUUGUCCUUCAAGACUAUCACAGUAUACAGCAGUGUCAGUAUUAUCUGUUUUGGUCAUGUGAGGUUUACAAUCUUGCUAACUCCCAGCUGGGUACUUCAGCUCUUCCUGUGGUUAUUUUGCUAACAGUGAAGAGACCCAUUGCCUGAAACCAACUCACCUGGAGUCGUGCCAUCUGCCACAGCUGGCCACUUGUUUUUCUUGAAUCUUUAUGUUUGUUAGCAUGCCUGAGCUAGCUAGUCAAGUGGCAUUUUCUGGGUAAAAUACCGUAUCGCCAUGAAGUACUUCUCUGUAUUUUACAAGGUUUACUGGAAAACUGGAAAUGCCAGUAUUGAGAAUGCAGUCCAAUAAAUAAAAGUAUUAAAGACCUUAUACACACCGAAUAAAAGGUCUGAACAGGACAGAGUACAGCAGUAGUAGUCUGGUAGUUUACAGUUUGGUGUUGCACAGUAUGUUUAUGUGUAUAAUAUGGUAUUACAUUAAUAUAGUAAGCAAUUACCCUGAUUAUAGCCUUUUUUAAAGUUAGUUUAUCCUUGUUUUUUGUUUUCUCCUCAGUGCACAUGUGUGAGUUUCACAAAACUUAAUAACCUUUGUUCUCUAAAUUUGUAAAUGUUCAUUUUAGGUGUCAGACCUUCGCACCGCAGCUGUAGCAUUAACUUGAAUUAUGACCGGAGCUCAGCCUCAGGUGUACAAUACCUAGCUUCGAGGGGAACAACUUGCCUCUUUCUCAUGUGAAGCAUUCUUCUGCAUUCCAAUCACAGGCCUGUCUACUUGUUCCAACAAGCACACAGUGCUCUCAGGACCGGCAGAAAGCAGUUAUACGCCCUAAAGUACACCACAGACUGAAGAACGACACAGUGAGAGGAGACAAAAGGAGCUGCAGCUUUAUUGUAUUUGUUCUAGAUAGGCAGCAUUGUAAUCGGGUCAGUCAUGUUAUUGUGCUUUGUGGAAGGAUAGCUGUGGAUUUUUGCGGUUUACAGGGAUUACUCUUCAUUUAUCUGGAGAGGAGGUGUUGGAGACUUUCACCAUAAAGGUGGGUGUCCUUUUCAGACAUGGUUGAGAGACUUGUGUAUGGUGCAGUGGAUUGGCAUUGAUUUUCACAGGAUUGAAAUGGUGGGAAAUGGACACCCACAGUGGCUUUGAACUGUGAUCUUGUUUACUUUGACACCGUCCUUGGGAGAUAUCAGACAGGUUUAAGUUGGUAUUUCUACCUCUUUCAAAGAGGAAAUGUUUUGGUGCUGUUUCCCUGAAAGUUGGUAGCAAGUUACUGUUUUUUUCUUUUACUUUUUUGACAAGUUAAGGCAACUUCCUUUUGAGAUUAUUCCAUUUCUAAAUGUCUGAAUUUGAGAAAGCAAGCUUCUUUGUUUGGUGAGUUCGGAGCAAAAGAAAACAGACAUUUCAGUUGUUGGAACAUUUGGAUGUGGUGGGCUUGUGUGGGACUUACAUAAUCAGCUGUGCGCCAUUAUCUGUUGACAGUGGCUCAUUGAGAUCCAUGCAGCUCGCUCUCAAACAAACUCCCAACCCCGCUCUUCAUUUAGAUUCUGCAGAGUCUGCAGAAUGAACUUGGCCCGCUAGCUGAUUGGACUCUCUUUAUCCGAUGAAGUGAGAGUUCUUAAUAAGCUAAUUGGGAGCUUACAGCGAACAAACAGGAUUGUGUAAAAGUUGUAGACUAACAGUGCGGUGCAAUCACAGCUCAGCUGGGUUAAAACAAUGACUUUCAAAAGGAUUCAAAUCUGCUAAGCACGCCAGUUAUGCUUCAGGCUUUUCUCUGAGUGUGUCAGUCUUUAUCUAUGAACGUUAGGAUAAUGCAACAUAACUUGCAGUCAGAAAACUGUCACUUUGAGACUAUUAGAAUUGAGAAAACAACAUGAACUGUUUAUAACCAAGAAUGUUCAUUUUAAAAACAAACUGAUUAAUUGGACGGGGCAGUUUGUUGGAUUGGUUUAUGGCAUUUUUGAAUAAUGGACAUUUGACGAGGCCUGUGGUCAGUAGGCUGACAUCACUGGAAGCCUCCUAGCAAUGUUACCCCCAUAUGAUAACACCUUUUAUCCAGCCUACUUAACAGUGCAGUAAAUCCUAAACACUUUGUGGCAGCUAAGUGUUUAAUAUCAACUAGGGCCCGACCGAGUUGUAGGCGAGCCGAUUAAAUUGGCCAUUUUUAGCCCAUUUGAGACUAAUCGUAAUCGGCCAAAACUCGCCGAAUUUCGACGAUAUUUUCAGAAAUAAAAUGCGGAGAAUAAGAUUUGGUUUCACUUUAAAAAUGUUUUGCCGUUAAAGAGUUCCCCAACUUAUCCUGUAGAUGGCGCAGCGACCUUAUGACAAUCUUCAUCCACUAACUACUUCACAGCACAGCAGAGUGACGGUAGUUGAAAAUGCUUUUCUGGUCCAAGUUUGAUCAGUCAGUCUCCCUGUCGGUGUGAAGAGCAGUAGCCUACAGUAUAUCUACAGUACAUAGUAUGCUGUAGAUAUCUACAGUAUAUAUAUUUUUUAUAACUUCAUAAAAUUUUUUAAAAAUUGGCAGAUUAAUCGGUAAUCUGACCCCCCCCUCUAAUAAUUGGUACCGGCAUCGGCCCCCCAAAAAUCCAUAUUGGUCGGGCCCUUUUAUCAACUCUGUCUUUAAGUAUAGAACAAUACUGUUGAGGGUUGCCUCUGAUAUAGAUAGUCAUCUUUUGAAAUCUAUGAAUUAACCCAAUAUCUUCUAAUAUUUUGUAUAUCAAAUAAAACUUUAUCCAAAAGAUACUGUCCAACACAACCAUGCAUAUUCAGGAAAUGUUCAGGAAAUAAUUGACUGUAAUAAAAACCCCACAACAACAAUGUGAUAUCAACAUUAUAAAUCAGUUAUUGGCUGACCUACUCUCUCAUUAUUGGCUUUGGCAUCAGACAGCAUUGAUUAACUACCAGUUUAUCAUUACACAGCGGUCUACCACUCCACAUGCAAACCUCAACCAAAAAGCCACUCUGUAGCUGCAAAUAAUGCUCGGAACAGCACCUUUUAUGCUGGAAUAUCCCUUUAAGUAAUAAGUAGUUGCUUAACAAGAGGUUUUGAUCAUGGUCUCUGUGCAAUAGAACAGCUUUGUCAGCUAAUCUAAAGUUGCUGCUUAUUGCUAGAAAGAAAACUGUUUGUAAACUUAACCGAAUUAGUUUUACUGGCCACAAUUUUAUUUUAAAUAAUUACAAAUAUAUACUUUUUUUAUUAGGAAGAUGACAAACUGCUCAUUGUUGCUAGUGCAGGUCUCGGCCUUCAUUCACAGAGAAUACCAUGUGCUCUGACUAUGUUGUUUUCAGUCCUUGAAAGAUUACUAAAUGUGUGUGUGUUUACAUGAAUCAGUGACUGGAAGUCUCGACAAAUGCCAAAGUUUACCGGCUGCUUUAGUACUAAAAAGAAACGUAAUAGUUCCAGAUUUUUGAUAUUGAAUUAAGCAUCUCUGGGAUGUGUACAGAGUUUAUUCUCAUCCUAACAGAUCAGUCAAGUUGUAUUUGGUAGCAGAGCAGUAGAGUGAGAAAGCAUGAGGGCUCACCUCCAUUAAAAAUACAAGAGGACCGGCACUUGCACUCAUGUGAAAGUAUACUGCUGUAAUCCUGCUCUGAGAUCCUGUUACCAAACCUGAAAAUCUGGCUGCUGAUUUGUCAACUGUUCAUAAAUUGUGCUCACUGCCUGCUUAUGCCGAGAAUGUCCAUGUGGGCUUGUUUUCCAAAGACAAAAACAUGGGAGUACAGACUCGAAGGCCGGGCCCAGCUUUCUUCUCUUGAAACUUUGAUGCUCUGUAAAAUAAUGUCAGGACUGGGUGUGUGAACCACGAGCCCUAUAUGUGCGUGUUUGCACAUGCUCACGUGGUGGCCUGAGGGCUUCCACAUUUCCUGUGGACCGAGUCCACAGGCUCAGCUGCUCUACUUUAGCGGUUUGUACGCUAACAAAACGCUGCACAUUAACCCAGCUCUGUGUUUGCUUUGCUGCCAGUCUGCACCAGCCAGUUGUUAAAUGUCAGUGCUGGAGCUCACCUGAACUCCCAACAGCUGGAGGAUAUCUGAGAGCAAUGCUGAACUCAGUCUGGUAAAUUAUUUGUUAGUUCAAGCACGGAUCAACUUCUCGCUCUCUGUGACCUGGCUGGAAACAAUGAGCUGGAACUUUGUUAAUACUAUUCUUGUCUUAUAUGCAUUCACUGUAUUUUUAACCAUACAUGCAUGUAUUUACUGGUUAUUAAAUAUGUGUUUGAAAAAUAAGAAAUUAGAAAGAAAAUUUAAUUUGGAUUUACUUUGAAAAUGUAUCGUUUUACUCAUUUUUUAAAGGAAAACUGCCAAAGAGUAAUCUUUAGUUUGACAAGAGAAGGACUCAGAAGUAAGAAAGAGGAUCAGGGCCACAAGAAAAGAAAAAUGAUUACAGGAGGGAGAUUUUUUAAAUUUUCAUUUUGAGAUUAAAGUCGAAAUUUUUAAAAGUUGAAAUAAAAAAAAGUAGAAAUUUUCGAGAUUACAGUCGAUAUUUCGGAAUUAAAAAAUGUCGUGAUUAAUGUUGAAAUUUCAAGAUUAAAAAAUUAAAAUUUUGAGAUUAAUAUUGAAAUUUUGAGAUUACAAAAUGUCAAUGUUGUAAAUAAUGUCGAAAUUUCAACUUUAAUCUCAAAAUUUUGACUUUUUUUAGUUUCCAUAUUUUUUAUUUCAAUUUGAAUCUCGAAAUUUUGACUUUUUUGACUUUUUUAAUUUCAUUUUUUUUUUUAAAUUUCGACUUAAAUCUCAAAAUUUUUACCUUAAUUUCGAGAUGGAAAUUUAAAAAAUCUCCUUCCUGUUAUUUUUUUUUUUUUUCUUGUGACCCUAAUCCUCUUUCAUACAGAAGCUAUCAUUUUGAAAAUCUGUGAUAAGUAUUGUUAGUUUUUCUGUCAUUAGAGUGAAGAAGGGAAUCAUCAUGUAAUGGAUUUAAAAUCCAGUUGAUUAAUCAAUGAUAAAAAUUUUCAUUUAACUUUGGACCACUCAGCUCAAAUUUGAUCAAUUCCUCUCUUGACUGGAAAAAAAAAAAGUCAAAGAUUCUGUGGACUGAAAUGCUUCUGUGCGAUUUCUGUUAAUGUUUAAAAAAUAUCCUUACAACGAGAUGCCCCAUAACUGUUGUGAAAUCGUGCACAAAUAUUGCAACACUUACAAAACUUCCUGCUAAAGCCUUUUACUUCCUGCUUUUGAUCACAGACACAGUGGAGCAUCAGUGGCACCGCUUACGCUUAAGAGUGAAAUUUAUUGGACCCUUAAUGUAAAGAUAUUAAUUCUGUGCCAGUCGUCACAGUUUUUGAUGAAUGUUGGUGAAGAAUGCUUAGUGCAGGGGGAUCAUUGUAGCCUCCUUAUGACUGACCUUGAGAAUCUAGGAGAGAUUUUCACAGAUUUAUGCUGCUGAAGUUAGAAAAGAAAAUCUCCAGGGUCCAUAGCUCAUUGGCUGAUGAAAGCUUUGACAUAACUAACAUGUCCUCUCAGCCAUAUUAAUGCAGAUCAGGAGCUACGAUCAGAUUUUUAUCAGUGCAAACCUUGUGGUGAGCUUUACAUUAUACCUCUAUGUACACAGCCAAGUUAGAGCUGAGCGUGGAGGGACCAUACAUCAAGUACAAUACAUCUCAUACCCAAACAUGAUGAAGACAAACUCAUUCAUUAUAUCUUCAACAACCUUAAAGACAAAGAAAACAAACAAUGAUCUUCAUGAUAAGGAUCGACCGGUAUGGUUUAUUUUAGGGGCCAACACAGAUAAUUAGUAAUCAAGGAAACCAAUAACAGCUAUUUAGAGCCAAUACUCAUUUGCAGUAAAAAUGCACAUUUUGGUGUCAAAAUUUUAGAUAACACUCCUAGGAUUAGACUGAACUGUUCAGCACUCUCCUCUCUCUCUCCCUCGCUGUGAAGCUGCACCUAGAAACUUGAGUGUUGAUUGGCAGUCUGUGUAGCCAAUCAGUGGGGACUGUAGGAGGGACAUUGUUACACAGUCAAGAGUGGUGACUUAAGGCUAAGAGAGGUGGCUGUGUAAGAGCUGAAUGAGCGUGUUUUAAAUAAACGUAUUAUAUUGGCUAUCGGAGGAAAAAAAACGUCCGAUGCUGAUUAUUGUAAAAAUGCUGAAUAUCGACUGAUAUUAUCGUCCCUGCUGAUUAUUGGUCGAUCCUUACUUCAUAAUGUAACUUAAUUAUCUUUUAAGCACUUAAUCAGUUGCAACUAGAAAACAAUGAGUGAACCUAUAACAGUAGGAUUUAAUUUUCGUUCUUAUACUUUAAUGUCUGCCCUUUCCUCUGGAAAGUCACUUGUAAAGUUACAAGUGACUUUCCAUCUAAAAUCCAUUUAAGAGUUUUAAUUCAGAUUUUAAUUGACAGAUUAAAACAAUCUCUGUUAGUUAUUUUGAAGGAUUUUUAAACCUUGUUGACUCUUUCUGCCAUUUAUCCUCUUUCCCUUGAUCUCUAUGAUACUCUAAUUUCUCUUGUAUGCAUUCCAUACAAAGGAGUUACUGAGCAGCAGUAACAUAUGUACUAGUAGUGACACUAGUGGACAUAAGCCUUUCAAAUGGACCUUUUAAAGUAGCGUACAGUACAGAGUUGUCAUCUCGCCUGCAGCUGUUGAGCAUGUGCUUUGUGUGCAUUACAGCCUCAGACCUGUAAAACCAGUUGGACUGAAGCAAAGCUGACCAAGGCAAAGAAACGUGUGCUGUAGAAAGCAAACCCGCUGAUUUUAAAAGUCUGAGGUAGACUUACUUGUUUAGUUUGCUUCAUUAGGGGUAAUUGUAGUUUAGUGUAUCCCCAAUGACGCUCCUGGAAAGAAAAAUACUACAAAAGAAAAUGGCGGCCACUGAGAUCUUAUCUGAUGGUUACAUUUUGUUAAGAGUCUUUUGUUAAGAGCUGAGAGGGAAGGUGACCUCCUGUUUUAAUAUAUGUGUCUGUUCCUAUAUUUUACAGGAGUGCCCUAAUUACUUUGCUGCCAAGCUGUCCUGCUGGAACCAGGAGUCGCAGACAAACUGCAAGAACAGCGUUAAGGGGGGACAUUUUAUCAGUGAUCGAUGAGCAUCGUUAGAAGUAAGUCCGCCAAAGUCGAGUACAUCUGAAAGCUGAAUUUAAAAAAAGAAUGAGCCUGUCAAAAGCGCUCAGAUAAGUCCACCUGAUAAGAGGGUCAAAGACUUUCCUGUUAUGGUUUCCUUUUUAUACUGCAGUGUGCACAAGCUGGGACUCAUCAGCUUGUUGUGAAGUGACUUUUGACACUCCAAAGUACAGCCUGAUACGUGCUGUAGGGACCUUCCUCCUGUUGGCGUCAUGACUUAACCACACCCACGGAUAUUGACCAAUUAGGGCAUGGCAGACUUUGAAAAGUGGCAGUGAAGUUCACGAGAACAUAUUAUGUCCGUUUGUCAAUAUCAGUUGCUUAUCUGUGCUAGUAACCUGGAUUUGAUUGUGAUCAAAAACACUCUAGCUUUGUAAACUCACAGUCUGCUUUCAAUCAUGUUAAAGUAGAUUCUUUGCAUUCAUCUUUUUAUCACAUACACAGGAAUCUACACUAUACUGCUCUUGUCAGCUUUAAUGAGUGAUUGACUAGAUGUUUGAUUUACUGUUGCACACUACUAGAGUACAGAGCUCCACGCCUCACCUGCUCUGGAGCAGGUUUGGGUCCGGAUAAGAGAUCAACACAUUCAAAAGCACUCUCUACUGACUUACCUCAUCCCAGAGCUCUUAGCUUUAAGAGGGGUAGCUAUAGCAGUUAGGGAAUAUUUAUUAGGAUUCAUAUUUAGCAUUUUAAAACUGAGACUUAUUAAGGCAUGACAGUAAAUCCACUUGGCUCUUUGUGGUGAUUUUAUAUCUGUUUUAUCUGUUGUUGAGUUCAUGAAGCUUAAACUGAUACAGGUAAUCUGUGGGUUGUUGAAAAGUAUUAAAAUCGGUCAGUCAAUUUAUUGAAAUUUAAGACUAUGAUGAAAAGGUUUUAAAGUCUUAUCCAUUAUCUUUUUAAGUAUCUAGUUUUUAUGUCGCUGACCAAGUGUGACAAAAAGUUUGAAUUUAUCCACAUUUUGUUUCCAAAUUAGUCUGCAUUAGUCUGGUCGAAUCUUGAUAACAUUGACAUCUAAAAAAGUUACCCAGUUUUUGCUCUCAUGCAUAUUCCACUGAUCCACUACUUGACUACUGUCAGCUUGGAGUCGCUAUGCUUUACUGCAUUUAUGAAUUAAACUUCCAAAUUCAUAGUCUGGAGGAAACACGAUUUGAAUGGCCAAGGUCCAUCACUAGUUGUAACCUGCAGGUGAGAAUGACAGCAAAGGGCCAAAUAUGGGCAGAUUAUUAGUUUAUCUUCUAUUAAUCAUCUGCAGGCUAUGCUGGGGUGAAAUCAGCAGUGUUUGGCUGGCGCACACAAAACAUAAUGUAGCUACAUGUUAGUGGUUUAACUGUCGAUGCUAGUGCCGAUGAUAAGAGAGCAAAUCGGCCAGUGUUACAUUGUUGUUGUUGUUUGUAUUUGAUAAAAAACACAUUUUCGCAAUAACACUCCUGUUAUUCCGUGUAGGGGUGUCCCAGUACAACUUUUUGAUUUCUGAUACAAUACUGAUAUUGUAGCCAUCAGUAUUGACUGAUACUGAUCCUAUAUUGGCUCAAAAUUGUGCAUGACAAGUUUUUCACUCAACUGUGAUGCCUUUUUCGAACUUAAACAAAAAAUACUGCCACAAGGCCAACAUCACUCUUACUCCUUGCUACUUUGUUAGUAACUUAGUACACACUGUUGUUGUGAUUUUGCAGGCUUAGCUUGCUGGAUCGUGCUGCUGGUUAGAGGUGUCGUAGCGAAGUCUGGAAUGGACUGCUUGUAUCAGUGUGCUGAUAUCGGAGAUUUUAGAUGCAGGCCGAUAUAAUCUGAUAUUCAUUUUUGUGCUGAUAGCAGAUUGAUAUCUGAUAUCAAUAUUAAUAUCGUAUCAGGACACCCCUAAUUCCAUAUUAACGGUGUAUUAUUCAUGUUUAUCUGAGCUAGUGGCAUCUUUUAGAUAGAUUUAAAACUAAAUUAUGAGAUAGAUGGAUACAUUAGGUAAUGCCAUAUACUUAAGAACAUAUGUGAAACUACAUUAUUCAACAGAUCAUGACAGAUUUUAUACUAAAUACCCGCCGGUGACAGUUUCAGAUUUGAUAAGCUGUCAUUUAGGCCAGGCAAUGUUAACAGAGGUUGACAGCAACCCCACUGAUAGGGCUGCCACUGUUGACUGCAGGGGCAUCAGACAGCUUCCCUGCUGGGAACAGUUUUUCACAAUCAGCACACUCAACACGGUCAUUUAAGCAGCACCCAGCAGGCCACAUGCAGCCUUUUCAAUGUUCUCUAUUUCCCACAGCAAGCUAGACGUCUGUGUUUUUCCAAGAGAUGACGCUGCGCCCUCAGUUAAUAAGAGCAAUCUCUGCUCACUCCGGCCUUCAAGCUCCUGUUUACUGGCACAGACACACAUAUUGGCUGUACUGAUUAUCACCUUUAUCAGGUCCCUCCUGUAAAUUCAUGCAGUUUAUUUAGUGCGGGUGGUUGUAUUGGAUAUGAUUCAGUGUUGCCACAUUGGUUUUCAGUGUUGUGAUACUGGAAGGAUUUAACACCGAGCUCCCUCCUCACAUGGCUCAGAAGAUAAAUGUAUGAAAUAAGCCUGUACAGAUUGAGGACGUCAACAGAGCAGAAACAGUGGGGCAGGUGUGACUUGAGGAUUCCUGCAUAUAUACAUCAUGAUAAUAUAUCUGAACAACGCAUUAGUUGGAAUGAUAAAGAAAUGUGCUAGUGAUUUCAUCAUCCCAUAUAUCCCCACAAUUUGGGUGAUUUCUUUCCAGCCGUGUUAAUUUUUGUCUACAUCAUGUUUUUUUUAGUUAUGAUGUAAUUGUACUUAACAAGCCAAUUAAAAAAGCUACAAAUAAUAACUGUUAUUAUAGUAUAAUUAUAGGUUAGAUAAAAUACCCUGAUUUAAAAGCAAAGGAUGCUAUCUGCUCUGACUUUUUCUUCGUCACCCUAACAUCUCUAAUGCUGAAUAGUGGGGUAAAGACAAGGCUGCAGCUGGUGAAGAUCAUGCACCAAUUUAAAGAUAAUACCAAGACAGCAUAACUGUAAAUAUGUCAAACAUAUGGAGCCUUACUCCUAUAAGCCUCUGAUUAGUCACACACUGUAAAUUCCACCCUCUGAUAGCAGGACGAGGACACUCUGGAUUAAAUUGGUCACGUUUAUGCACACUGAUUGACAGCUAUGUGCAGCUGCAUGAAUAAUCAAUUUCAUUACAUUAAAGAACAUUUAUCAGAUGUCCCCAUGAGUGUGAAGAGCAGUCUGUGAGGGAUCUGCAAAUCUGUGCACAAGGAUUAAAAUAGAAAUAGUUAUUAUAAAUCACCUCUAUGAAGAGAUGGUUUAUUGUUGCUUUAGUUGCUUUCCAAAUAGGUAAACUUUGACGUAGACUAACUCAACUCAUGAGAUAUUUAGAUGUGAACUUAAAUAAGUGAAAUUGUUAUAGUGUAUUUAUUUAGGCACUUAUGUUGUUAUAUGUUUUUUUAAUAGUAUUUAAACUGCCAUUUACUGACCUAUGCAUUGCUCAACUGGCAACAUCCCCCAUGAGAAUUACCUGUUAGCUCGCCAUGCUGCUUGUUUAUCUAAGAUAUAUUAAUAUCCAUGCUGCAGCCGGAUAUAGUGGUGAACAAUGUGUUUGCAGCACUGGCAGCAGUCUUGUUCUAUUUCCUCUUAAAACAAUCACAUAAUUCUGCCCAGUCUGAUCUUAUUCUCCUAUUUAUUGGACUGCUCCGUCAAAUCAAUAGGUCUGGGGUUUAAAUGUGUUUAUUAUUCCUGAUUAGUCAGCACAAACACGUCUUGGGUUCAAGUCUCGGGUUCAAGUCUCGGGUUCCUCUGCUGCAUUUAAAGCUUUAAAAGGAAGUCCCUCAAGCUUUUGCUGCUGGAUGGGGUGUCUGUUUAACCUCUUUCGGUCAUUUACAUGCUGCUCUUAAUUUAAUUUGCAUUUAGAUAGUUCCCUGGUGUCUCUCUCUUAAUGGGAAAGCACUGGUUAACACCAGGAUCCCUAUUUAAGAAGAUUGAUCAUGUUUUCUGUAGUUUUAAAUCCCUUCCACAUUUUAUACACUUAGAUUACAAAUAUUACAACGCAUUUACAAAGAAUUCAACACCAACCAUCCUUUGACAUGGACUCUACCUGAUUUAUGUGAUGGACACAACAUAUGACUAACCAGCUGAUUUUGAUGCCGACGAGUGGGGGUAACUAAGUUCACUACAUUGACUACAGCCAAGCACUCCCAAUUGCAGUGUACACAGUUUUACAAUUUUAAAUAUUGUUUAAAAAUCAACCCCCUAAAACACAGGCCACAAUGUUACAGUGUCAUCUAGCAGACACUUUUUUCCAAAGUGGCGUACACAUGAGAACAACACAAGCAAAGAUCGAGACAAGAGGGAGACAAGUAAGAUCAGUCAGAGCAAUAAGUGCUUCAAGUCCAAUUGGACACAGGUAUUGCCACACAGUAUAAAAGGAAAUGCACAACACUGACGGAGAUUUUUUUUUUUUCAUCAACAAGAAGCAAUCAUCAUCACCUUUCAUCAUCACCACUAAAUUACCAAGGUACGAAGUGCUGGGUCACUUAAGGGCUGAGCAUAAAUUCACAGAUUAGAGCAGGACAGUGCAGUCAACUGUAGCUGGAAGACUUCAAUCAAUCACUGGAGACAACAGUGGAGAAGCUGGUCUAGCUAAGUGCAAAGUGUUCUCUGAAGAGCUGGAUCUUUAGUAUGUGCAAGGUAUCUUGAAAUAAAACAUAAGCCUCUGUAUUUGAUCAUGACUGCAGACUUGGAGAGAGGACACUGUUGUUGACCUGCUUUGUUUUAUCAAAUAGCAGCAUUUCAAACAUUUCUUUACUCACAGCAUGUAAUAAAGAUUUUUGUUUUUACUCUCUCCAGCCAACCACAAAUCAUCAUUUUUCUUUAUCCUUGAACAUUUACACACUUCCUACAAUCUGAGAAUGGAAUAUCAUGAUCUUAGAAAGUUCUUGGUCUUUCUUUCUUUCUUUCUUUCUUUCUUUUUUCUAAUAUCUUUCUUUCUUUCUUUUCUUUCUUUUUCUUUUUUCUUCCUUCUGUCUUCUUUCUGUCUUUUCUUUCUCCCUUCUCCUCCUCCUCCUCUUUAGUCAUUAUACCACAAUUAUUAAAUCCUGUCAGUGUAGCAUUUGUGAGGACAGUCUUGAUUUAUCUCUUUUUGGGUCUAGUUUAUGUUCAAAAACUCAGACCCUCUUUGUGUGUCAUUCAGAGAAAAUUAUGGUAAUGUCGUCUUUUUCUUGUCUUUUAAUUUAAGCAGAAUUCAGAGAGGAUUUCGACUCAGUUAUUGAGUUAGUUAAUGCAGUGUUUUGUCUAGCUAACACAACUGAGCCUUUGUUCAGCGUCGCUGGCCCCUCAUUAGCUGCACAGAACAGCUUGUCUAUCUCAGCGCCCCGAGAGUCUUUCACUGAUUUACUGAGCAGUAAUGAAAUUCUCAAGUCUUUACUCACUAGAAAUUCUGUUGGGAUUUCCUGUUAAGUUCAACUUGAAAUCAGCUAAUCUGGGUUUUGAUGACAUUAUGUGGAGGGUUUUGUGUGGCUGAGAUUUGAGGAGUCACAGUAGUGACAUUUAAAAGACAAUCUAGAAAUGAAAAAUAGAGAUUGAACCAUAGAGCUGCAGAAACAGAAGCAUUUAUGAGUAAAUGAAAAUAACUUAUAUGGUGUUCAUUUACUCCUGUAUAUUAUUUAAGACGUUUUCAUUGUUAACGACAAUGUAAUAUCUUUGGAAGUAGUUUUUUUUUUUUUUUCUUUUUUUUCAUUCUCUGUAAUUGUAAUUGGUCAUUUGUAGACCUUCAGUGUGUUGGAAUUCUGCAGCUCUUUCUAGCACCAUCUGUUUUCACUGGCUUGCUAAAUACCUGUUCAGUGAUUGAGCUCAGCCUUGACUUGUGCUUUUUCCUUUAAAUUGGUUCUCUUGAUUUUUCUCAAAUCACAUUUUAUAACAAUAAAAAAACAAAAAAAGACUAACUUGGAUAAAUCAAAAGUAUUUCUCAUCAGUUCAUACAUGCCUUACACACAUUAGUAAUAUAUUGAAUUAACAUUUACUAUGAAAACAAUCAUGUCAAUCAUUUGUAUGGUUCCCUAUCUUUUACAGCACAAUGAAAUAAACAAUUACUUUCGCAUCAGUCAAGAAAUUUGGAAAUCAGACGACCACAUCUCAAAGUUUUUCUCUUAUAUGUAAACGUUUGUCUCAUAUUUUUCUUGUCUUUAUUAUCCGUUUUUCCUUUUGUUUCAGGAGGUGUCCACUGCUGAGUUUUACAACUGGGAUGGAAAACCCUGGUAAGAAAAACUAUCUUUUAAAUUAUGUGACUAAAGUUUUUCUGGAAAAUAUUGUAGCAGAGUGUCGGGUGAAAUCUCUCUUCUCAUUGUUGUACUUGAGAGUACAUAUUGGCUCCAUUGAAACUGAUGAAAUCUGCACGGCAGUAUCGUGAUGACUGAAAGUAUUGCAUCAACACAGGACAGGCUGGCAAUAAAGGUAUCCGUUUAGGGGCGGGACCUGUGAUUCAUUGUUCUGGUGACACUGUAGCUGUCUGAUUGGUCCUCACACCGAGGACACACCUGUUUGUUAUCAGAGCCGGUUUAUCUCACUGCGUCUCAUGGCCUCGUGUCUAUUUCAACACUGAACCUGAUCGCUGACAGCGUGUACAGCUCACACUCAGCGCGCCCAGAGGAUUUUUGUUUCUAGGCUUAACACUGUCAGAACAUUUGCGAGCGUUUUUGGAAGACACCUCAAUGGCUGUUCAGUCUGAAUUUAUCCGUAAGUACCAGGUUUCUGUCUUAAAGUUUUCAUUUUAUUAUCUAUUUUUGCCGGAAAAUACACUCUGCUAUAUCUUGAUGAGAUGUACUUAAAGCAAAUGAUUGUUUUUUUAAUUUGGUUCAAUCAAACACCAGUCCAGGUCACGGCAUGGCUCCAUGAUCAUUUUACCAGUAACUAGGGGUUGACAGGAACAGAUUAAGGAAGCGUGAUCUCCUUAUCCCUGCCCAGUCUGGUGGCCAAGCUGUAAAAAUAAACUGGACUUCCUCUGGUGCCCUGUUAUUUAAGUUUCUGAUAAAAGCUCCACAUUAAUGUCUUUGUAUUUUGAUAUGAGAUGGCAAAGUCCACCAACAUGUCGGCACAUGUUGAGCUAUUUUUAGCGUUUGUGUGCAUUUGUUUGGCAUGAUGAUGAUGGUUGAUUGGUAUUUUUGUGAGUCAUCAGGUUUUUUUUUUUUUUGUUCAGCUGGGUUUCAUGUUCUUGUGUCCGUAAUCUUAAAAAAAGGUGUUUGUCUCCAUCUGCUGCUGCUCUGUGGAAAGACUAUAAGGUCGAGGCUGGGAUAGGUUGUUAUCCAUGUUUGUUUUUUGAAGCAAUGUCCUGGAAAGUUGUCCUGAUUACAUCCUCGCACCCAAACUCUGAUUGUGGUCUCUGCAUUCCACACAUUCUUGUGUCACAGUUUGACUUCAGAGCAUGAACUGGACUGCAGGGGGAGCCACUGUGAGACUUAUGUACAGUAUUUAAAAGGCCACAUAUGUAGGGUAUUAUGAGGUCAGUGUUUUUGAUGUGACUAUGUCCUUAAAAAAACAUGAAUAGUUUGCUUAGAUAGAUGGUUUAGAUAGUUGGAUAGUUUGCUCUGUUACUGCUCAGCCCAGAUCUUCUUAUUUUGACCUCUUGAUAAACUGUUGAAGGGAUACUCCACAAAUUUUAAAAAGUUUAUUAUCUAUAUUCAAACUUUAUUAUCUUAAUCAAUACAAAAACACACAAAUUGGAAACAACUCUCUUUGGCAGAAAGACUCAACAAAUUUAAAAAAGUAAACAAUAGCCACAACACUAAUGUUGCAGAUCAAAAUAAAGUGUAAUUUGCUAAAAAAAUACAGAAGUUUGGCAUACUUCUUUCAGAGAAACGUUAGUUUCAGGCUAUAUUUGCCUCUUUAUGUUGAAAGGGAAGAUCAGAAGAGCAUCAUGAAUCUUCAAUCUUUUAGUGCAUUAGCGUCAUAUCAUCAUCAGAAACUUAAUUUUGAGAGCAGGCUAUUAUCAUCACUUUUUCUCUCAGCAGUGGAGUAUAGCUUCAUGUUCGUCAUGCUGAUGGCUGCUUUUCUGUCAUCUCCAUUGAUACUAUUUCUCAUAUACGGAGAUCAACCAUAUCCUGUAGUGACAACUUCUUUCUCAGAAAGUUAAAACUUUAUCCUCUUAUGAGUUUUCUCUUAAAACUGUAGGACUUAAUUCUGCUGUUAAUAAUUCAUGAUAUGAAUCUCAUAAAAUUAUAUCUUCAUUGUAUUAAAUUUAUGACUUUAAUCUUGUACGUUUUAAUAUUAUUCUUAGAAAUUCACUACUUCACUCUUGAAUAUUAUAAUGAAACAAUAUUUUCACAUCGCCUUAGUCUGGGUGGUAUGGGCUCAGGCGAAGAGGAAGUCUAUAUCAUUUCUGGAUCAUUUCAAUAUAUGUUCCAGUUUAAACCAGCAGCAAUAAACUGUUCACAGAUAAUGGUUUUUAGCAGUGAUUGUGAGGAUGUGCGGUGAUUUCCACUGCAGAGAUAUGUCUGUUUGUAAUGCAGUGCCACCUGAGGACCAGUUUCCCAUUCCUCAUGUUUUUACUCAGAGUAAUAUUAUUCUGAAACUCUUAAACUUCUCGGUCACUCAGUCUCACAGGAUGGUGACCCUCUUCGCAUUGUUACUUAUGAAAAACUCAGCCUCUCUGAAAUGCCAUUCUUUUGCCCAGCCAUGUUUGUUAAUGUUUUGUAAAAUCAACCGUAUUAGUCAGAAAAUGUUCCUUUAGGUGAUUUUUAAAAAGGGAAAUAGAUAGAUUCAUAUCAUCACACAACUCUUGUGAAAUGUGUUGCUUGCAUCAAAUUAAGAAAGUCUAUAUUUUUCAUAAAGCAACCACACUUCUUAGUCUCAAUUUAGAAUCUUGUCCUUGCUCUAUUUGAAGUCACAAGUUAGUAGUGAAUAAAGGUUAGGAGGCUACAGUUAAUGAUGGCAGAGUUGUUAAAACAGAGUUGUUAAUACCUCAUAAAAUACGUUAUGGGUUGGCACUCUGUAGUUUAAAAGGACAAUCCCUGGAGAGUCAUCGGACACCUCUGCUGUGUCACUUCCUCUUCUCUGGCUUUGAGCUCCACCUUGGCUCAACUCACCUUCCACUUCUCAAGUUACUUCAUCCCCGCAGAGCCCGCCCCCCUCGCUUGCCUCUCGUCCUUCAGGGAGCAGCGGUUAGUCAGUGUGUGAAAUGUUGCUAGCGGGGGGCCCACUGCAUCCCUCAAGGAUUGAUGGUUGGCUCGGCCAAACCUCAAAGCCUGCCUGCCUUGAACUUUGCCCCUGAAAACUCUGCCCUCAGGAAUGAAAGGCAUUUACUGCAGGAUUACCUUAUUGGUGUACCUCACAUAUGAAGUCAGAGCCGCGAGAAGGGAGGGACCAAAGAACUUAGCGAGUGAGUGUGUUUGUGUUUUAAAGCAAAAGGAGGAGGGAGGAAGGGAGGGAGAGACCGUAUCACCCAGACAGCAGGGAGAGGGGGAGGGCAAGACUACAGAGACAAGAGCGACUGAACGACACAAGCCAGCGGUCCAGACUGUCUUAAGUUACCAAAGCUCUGAUGUCUGGUUCGAGUGGAGUAAGGUGGCUUUAGGUUUUCCUUUCCUGCUGCUGGCCUCUGGAGAGGCAGGGCCCGGCAGGCCAGCAGGGACGGGAGCUGUAGCAUGGGACACAGUGCUAGCAGUGAGACAGUGGCCCAGCAACCGGCCCAAAACAUCACGGGUGAGUUGGAGUCAAAAGGCUCAGCACUAAGUGGUUGCUGUAAACAUAUGAUGUAUGCCGCUGGUUUGCCUUUAUGUUGUAAAUCAACCGAAAGGGACAAAGUAAAUAUUAGCAGGUGCUUGAAGAGGGGAGACUAAGUGGAAGGCAGCAGGCUCAGACAGGUGUACAAGAAUGUAUGCAGAUGGAAUGUGGUGAUUGUGAAAUACACCAACUUCUCUGUCAGCAUGCAGCACUCUGCGUCUCUGUGGAAGCUGUUUUGAAAACAACAUUCAGGUUGUAAGGCUCUGUCCGACACAGAAUAUCUCCAUCAUUUUAUUAUUCAACAUUGUUUGUCAAGCCAAGGCAUAGUAAGGACUGUUUCGUUGUCAAGCCCCCUUGUCUCUUUGGUUAAGCUAAACACUUGAAACUUUCAGAACCUGUUUUUGCUGUCAAUAGGAGGGUCCUGUGUCUUUGCACACGUACGGUUCUUUCUAAUAACACAGCCUAAAGCUUUAGGAAUUCAGCAUCUAUGUCAUACUGUCUGUCGCCUCUUUUCAGCAGAAUUCACAGCCUUUAAUUUGUUGACACUGAGCUGUAGGUCAUUGCCUAAUGAAGGGCUGGCUAGUAUGACAGAAAUACGAUUAACAUAUAAUUUGAAAAUGCCGUCAGCUUGAAGAGUAUUUUAUUUUUUGGUGUAUAUAUUCUAUAUUUUAGCAGAUGGACCCACUUAGCCCUCUUCUUCUAUGGAAUCAUUGGCAUUGAAAUUUAACAAUUUUCUUUAAUAUACAGUGGAAAUAGAAGUGGUCCAAAGAUGGAUCCUUGGGGUACUCCUUUGCUGACCUCCAUAAACUAACCCUGUUAUAACCAGAGAGCUUUAUGUUUGUUGUAACAUUUGUAUGAUGUAUGAAAUUGAUCACAGUCUUAUGCAGAGUAGGGAUGGGCGAUAAAUUUAUCGUUCAUGAUUUAUUGUUAGAAAAACCCUCCAGGAUGAAUAUUCGCCAUCUCACGAUAAAUGCAAUAAACUUUCCUUCAAGAUUAAGGCUUAGAUGGGUGCAAUCAGGAUGCCUGACAUUGGACAUGUUUGAUAUUACUAGUUUUCUCCAUAACCCACCACUUAAACUUGUGGUUAAGUAUCUUGUUUGACUAUGCCAACUGGUGUUCUCAGGACAGAAUGAGUCAAAAACAUAGAUAGGAAUUGUAAUACUUGUUUUAUCCUGACUUUUAUCGUUAUCACCAGAAUGGCAAAACUUCUCGUGAUUAAUCUUUUAGUCCAUAUCGCCCAUCCCUAAUGCAGAGAUUGUUUGACAGCCCAGCAUCUACCUCUUUUGUAGGUUUAAAGACACUAUGUCGGUCUGAUUUCUCUGCUGUUCUGUUCGAACACUUUGAAACACACAUGCCUGUAGAAACAAGAGACACAGGAAUAUCAUCCUCCAAAGUGUAUUUUUGCCUCAGGAGUGCCACUGUGUGAACCGGUGUCAACAUGAGGUGUCAUGUGAUUGGCAUGAGUCAUAUGGACAGCUUGACCAAAUGACUGCGGGCUAUUACAUUAGUGGUGGGCGGUGAAUCUAGGUAUCAUGUUCUGCGUACAUUUACAGGAGCACAUGUUGUCACUCCAGUCUCAGCUUUUGUUUGAAUAAGCUCUCUUGUUUGAGAGUGGGUUUAUGAAUGCAUACCUAAGGCUCGGGUUGAACAGCUGGUAGUGGUCUAUCCCUUUUUUUACUUGCUGUUUUUUUUUUCUGUGAAAAGCAGCCGCCUCAUAUUGUCAUUGUCUCAUGUCACCACAUCAGACUCUGCCUCAGUUAAAGCUCAACCACAUCUGUGCAGUCCCAGUUUACAACCAACCCACCCUUCCCAGUUUAACACUCUCUGGAGUCUGUGUUAUGUGUCAGAAAUAGCUUUGAGGUCACAGACCUCUGUUGCCUGAAUUUCAGCUCAAGAUUUCACACACAAAUGCUUUGCUCUAUACAAUGAGUAUACAAAAACGUUUAUGGAGAGAGACAAGAUUGCAUCAGUGGGACUACAGCAAUGCGCAGUUUUUGUACAGAUGUGUAGCUCUUUCUUAUAGACAUCCUAGUAGCUACCAGUGUGGAAGUUGAGCUCAGCCUAUUGUGGUACAGGGAUACAGACAGAUCUGCUGCCUGUGGCCAGUUUGUCUUGACCUGCACUUUCCCCACUUCUGGUCACUUGUCUUAAAUUUUGGAGUCUUUCAACCAAACCAGAACUCCACACAAUAACAGCGUGAAUAAAAUCAUCCAAAUAUGUAAGGGUCUUUUACCUGUAUUGGUAAGUUCAUUUAUGUUAAUCUGUUAUAUUGAACCUUGGCUUACCCUUAAAAAACAAACUUACCUAUCAGGCAGUAGGAGACAAUCAAGUAGUAGACUACAUAUUUCAACCAAGGCGGUCUGUUGAUUUAGAACAAAGUGAUGGAUCAGCCAGUUCUGUUGAAAUCAAUCAAAAGGAUCUGUGUGGAACAUAUUCAACAAAAUCUGAUCCUUUUAUAACUUUACAGCCAUCAAGUACAGCCUUAUAGAUGGAUUAUUCCAAAACAAACAGAGUAAGGAAUUCAAGAGAAAGGCCUUUUAGCAUAAUAGCAAAUGACUGUGACCUGCCAGCAUGAAGUACUUUUUUAAUCUGCCUCCAGCAGAGAUAAAUGAAACUGAAGGCAAAGACACAAAGGAUCAAUUAAAAGGAGGUCAAGGCUGAGGCUAUCACAUCUUUCCAUUCUGCCAUGGGAGACAGAAAAACAUUGUGGCUUUAUUUAGUUUCAAGAUUUCUCUUUUUUCUCAUUCUGUAAGUUGGAGUUCAUAAUCUUGAAGGUUCUUAUGUUCUGCUUUUCAGUGAGUCACCCAGUACUUUGGCGUCAGUGGCACAUGACACUGACAGUUUCUGUGGGUAACGACUAAAAGGCAAAAUUCAAAUGUAACUUUGAAACAACAAUACGGCCAUUACAUACAAUGGUGUUGGAUGCCUGAUAACCAGCAGUUUUUUACCUGGGAAAAAAGUUUCCAAUUCUCUCUGUUACCGAGCAGUUGUACACCAAACUGCAGGUAGUUGGGUUAUGCACCAGUGUAGUGCAUUUAUCGCCUUCUUUGUGAAUUUAAAACAACUGAGUCUCACCAGAUCGCCCUUAAGUGUGGGCUAGCUGUUUAGUAUAGUCCUUAAGGUUUGGUUUUGAGAGUUGCUGGACCUUGCUGCAGAUUGAGUGAACCUUCUCUCCUCUUGGAUUUAUGAUAAAGAUUCUCAUCGUCUGUACAGGGUGUGGUCUGAUUGGAGUUGCCUGCUGCUGCACAUUUAUCUCCAUUGUGCGGAAAAUACUUGUCUGCAGCCCAAUAAAAAUAUACCGAAUCAGUCUUAAGAUUCAGUGAGUUUAUGGGUGCUACAUCAAAACAGGCCUAUCCUCAGUUCCCCUCUGAAUCUUGUUGGAAGCUAAAAUAAUCUCCGGCCUUGAAAACUUUAUUCUCAGACUCUGGGUCUUAUGAAAAUCUUACAGGGUAACAGUCUACUUUUGAAUCUGGCACUGUGUGUACGAUCCCUCCUGGCAUAGCUGACAUUAGACAUGAUUAGUAUAGUAAUGUAAGACUGAUUGUUAUAUGAUGACUGGCGUUACUGUAAUGAGGGUAGUGUCAAUUGUAGAACGCUGAUAUUUAAGACUCUGAUCAUGUUGUUUGUAUUUUAGCAGAAGUAGUUCAGCAUGUAUUUACUGGUAGGUUAAUGACUGCUUUUCAUUUCAUUACAACAUCACUCAUGCAGUCAGUAAUGUUACUGCGGGCGUGCAUCCAACGAAGCCUACCAUACACUUUGAAGACAUAUGCUCUACCACUCUUUUUCAACCUUUUUUAGGACACAGACUUAGGAAAGACUCUGUACCUGUGUUCCUCAUAUAAUAUAAUGUCAUAUCGUAUCGUAUCAUAUCAUAUCAUAAUGGCUCUCAUAUCGUAUCAUAUCAUAUCAUAAUGGCUCUCAUAUCGUAUCAUAUCAUAUCAUAAUGGAUCUCAUAUCAUAUUAUAAUGGAUCUCAUAUCAUGUCAUAUCAUAUAAUAUCGAAUCUCAGAUCAUAUCAUAUAUUGAAUCUCAUAUAUCAUCAUAUCAUAUUGAAACUCAUAUCAUAUCUAAUAUCAUAUUGAAUCUUAUUAUCAAAUCUCAUAAAAUAUCAUAUCAUAAUGGAUCUCAUAUCGUAUCAUAUCAUAUCAUAUCAUAUCAAAUAUCAUAUCAUAUCAUAUUGAAUCUCAUAUGUCAUAUCUUAUUGAAUCUCAGAUCAUAUCAUAUCAUAUUGAAUCUCAUAUCAUAUCUUAUAUCAUAUUGAAUCUUACUAUCAAAUAUCAUAUCAUAUCAUAUCAUCUCAUAUGCUUCUCCUGGUAUUAAUUUUAAAGAAUAAAAUGCUGGUAGUGUUUGUGUUUCAUCUCUUGGUGCUGUUAGCUUGUUUUCAACGUCAGCUUUGCAAGUAGCUACAUUAGUUCAACUUGUUGUGAUACGUAAAUGAGGUUUAUUUUUUAAUGCUCAUGUACAGUAGCCUGUUCUGUUAGGUUUGUAUCAUCUUGACUGAAUGAAGUUGGACUCACAAGGAGGGUUUCAAAUGGUAAAAGGAGUAAUAAACUUAACUUAUUACUCAACUAAUGUACAAUAUCAAGGGAUAUACCGUUUAUCCCAAAGCUGUAGUUGUUCUAUAAUGUCAGAAUGUGAAUUUACAGGUUAGCUGCUGCCUUUUUUAUUGGUUAAUACGGUCCAUUUGUUGGUUAUACCUCUUUUGUUACAGCAAGGUCUUUUUUAUUAUUAUGCUGCAUAAUGCGAAAAUUAGCUCAUCUGUCUUGUGCAAAAGUUCCCGCCUUCCUUUCUGCAGCUUCACCGCAGACCUUCUGCACGGCCUCACGCUCUCUGUUGAGCAACUGCUGCCGCACGACUCAUCACCAAAGAAUUACUGCGGUAGUUUUCACGCCCAGUUGUUGCCGUUAGAGGAUUUUCAAUUACAGUAGACCAACUCUUGAGUCAUGGCUUCUGUCAGUCUUUCGGCAACUCCCGGCUGUGCGAACGUUUUAAUGAAUGUAUCACCAUCACUGCUAUGGCCAAAGUCACAUUAAUUCACACUCACAUGCAAAUAAAAGCAGAAACGCUAUGGUCAUAUUUCACUGUACGGCUCUAUGGUGACAGCUGAGAGAGGCUGCUCAGUAGAAGUGGAAACUAGGCCGACCUUGUUUUGAGCAUUGGUCAUUCUUAUGACAGAUAAUUGAAGCAGCUGCUUCGAGCUGAAGGCCUGCCUUAUGUGUGGAUGUGCAUACCUGAUGAGACUGCUGAGGAGGGACUUUUGUAUCUCAAACUUGAAUACAUUGAUGAAGGCCUCUUAUAAUGGCAAUGUGGCCGACUGAAGGGCGAUGUAAUGCAUUUGGGGAUCUGUAAUUGAUGCAUAUAUGAUUUUUCAUGUAUGAUUUGUGACCCUCUAUUGUCCAAGACCUUGGUUCUGUUUUUUUAUUGUGUAAUUUAAUGAGAUGGAAGACUUUAGUAAUGCAAAAAAGAAGGAUUGUAGAUUUACUUGGUAUAGUUUGAAUAGACGCGGUCUAAUUAAUCUGUCAGAUAUUUAAGAAAAAUGGUGAAAAAUAAGUCUUGGGAUGAUUUGAAAAUGCUGUUUUUAGGAAGUUUGUCCAACAACGAGUGCUCUGACUGCAUAUUUUGUCUCUCAACUCCAUCCGCUGCAGAAGUCUGUUCACAGCGGUCCAAAUGUUUGUUGAACUGUAUUUGAAUAAAAGUACAAAAUACAAUUAUUAAUUCUUUGAUGAAGCUUCAUCAAGUGUCACUGUGCAUUCCAGCUUAAGGAGAGCUUUGCAUUUAACACCAUAAUGUGUUUUCUUGAACUGUUCCUAUCGAAGAUCUAAAACCGUUUUAAGAACCCCAUAUUUGUCAAGCUUUUGUCUUGAGGUCAGAGACAACACAACUGGUUGUGGCUAAAGUUUGGCCAAAGAAACACAGAUUUUGAAAUAUUCGACUCAGUGUUUUAUUUGAAGUUAUGUGUUCAUGUGGGAGUCACAUCAUUUGUUAUUUGGUCUUCUAUUGUUUAUUAUCUGGCGUCCGUCUGCUGUGUGUCCGUACAGAACCCAAAACAGUGCAGAGACUUGACUGUCUGAGUCCAAGAAAACCUCUAAUGGUCUCCUCAGCUAUUAUUUUUUAUAGUUAUUGAAUGGACUAGCCCCCACUUUUGUUUUUCAGCUGAAAUCCAAGUAGGAACUCGCUGAACUGAACUUGUACGCUGCCGUCACAGGCUCUGGUAGUCAUCAGCUACAAGUGGGCAUUCAGUGCAGCGAGGAUCAAAUUCCACUUUGACGGUCUUGUAAUAAAAGCUUCCUAAGAAUUUUGUGAUAAGCCCAAAGUAUAUGUGGCUUAGUCAGCGCAACAUACCAUGGAAUUAUUAGUAAGAUUUACAUUAGCACAGAGAGAAUGGCUGAGAGGGAAUCGAGUUGUGUACUGCUGGAAAAUGCUGAAAGUAGGAAUUGAGUUCACACUCGGACAUGACAACAGAGGGGGGUUAUUGUGGAAAAAUCUCCUGAUCUAUGAUAUUGUGUAGGACUGACUCCGGAGUUGUUUUUCCCAUGACCAGCUGCUGCCAAAAAAACAUGUUAAGUAUAAAAAUCAAAUAGCUUUGACUCCCUUUUUAAUUCUUUGAAGUAAUGGUAUAAUUUAAGCGAAAAUUUCCAAAGUCGUGUUUUUUAUAUCUACUUUCUCAUGUUCAAUGCAGAUGAUGAUGUGGACCUACAAAACAGCACAGCCCGGGGUGAGGAGGGAAACUCUAGUGGAGGAUCUCCUCAAACGAAGCGCAAAGGCAAAUUCUCCAAAAUGGGGAGGAUCUUCAAACCCUGGAAGUGGAGGAAGAAGAAGCACAGUGAAAAGUUUGCAGAGACUUCAAUAGGUAAAUUGGUCAUAUUACUUUUCCCAAUAUUGCGCAAUAAUUUAUAUAUCAUUAUUAUUACUAUUAUUGAUACACUCUUCCUUUUUUUAAGCCUUAGAGAGAAAGAUUUCUGUCAGAAAGAGUCGCCAAGAGCUGAUUGCUAGAGGGGUUUUAAAGGAUAUCCCAGAAAAUGGUAGAUUGUGCUUUGGCUUCUUUUGCUUAAGAAAUACUACAUCCAUGAAUUGGCUCCACAUAAACUGUAUUUUUUAAUCUUUGUGUGUGUCUUCUUGUGACAGAGAGCAAUGAUGUCAACCAUUCUAAAGCUCCACCAGUCAAAAAUGGACAUCCUGUGCCAAUGGACGUGGACAGGGUGUCCGAAGCAGGUACAAGGGUGUCUCGAGGGGAGUCGGACAUUAAAGGAAAUAAUUCCCUCAAGCCGCCCCUACCGGAUGAACGUCGUAGCAGAGCACCAUCAGAUGCCUCCCGGAGUAACCGGGCGCCUUUGGAUGUAGACACUCACGCACGGCUUUCUGUAGACCCGGACAGGAGAAGCCGUCUGCCAUCAGAUGUUGAUAAAAGAGCUGGGUCUUUACCCAGAGGACCUCCGCCAGAUGACAGGUACCGCAGGGAAGAGAGGCGAGAUGCCAGAGAUGAGGACAGAGGAAGGAAGAACAGGGAAGACGUGGAAAGAAGAGACUGGCGAGAGGACAGGGAAAGAGAUGGUGGGGCUGAUCGGAGGGAUGACAGAGACCACAGAGAGAGGCGUGACUGGAAAGACGACCGAGACAGGAGGGAUGAAAGAAUGGAAAGAGAAAACAGAGACCGGAGAGAUGAUAGGGAUAGGAAGGAGAGAGAUGAGAGGGAGCGUAGAGACCGGGAUGAGAGGGAGAGCAGAGACCGGGACGAGAGGGAAAGGAGGGAUCGGGAUGAGAGGGAGCGUAGAGACGAUCGGGAACGGAGGGAUCGGGAUGAUAGGGAUAGGAAGGACAGAGAUGAGAGGGAGCGCAGAGACCGAGAGGACAGGGAAAGAAGAGAUCGUGAUGACAGGGAAAGGAGGGACAGGGGCGAUGAUAGGGAUCGACGGCCUGAGAGGGAGAGGAGAGACGGAAGAGAGAGAGAAGACAGGGAGAGAAAAGACGCACGGGUAGAUCGGGAUGACGGGGACAGGAGGGAUGACCGGGAUAAGCGAGAGGAGAGAGAAAAGAGGGAAAACAGGGACAGACGGGAAGACUGGGCCAAGAGAGAUGAAAGAGAGCGACGAGAUGAGCAGGAAAAGAGAGAGGAGAAGGAGAAGAGAGACAGGCCUGAACCUCAACGGCUUGUGGAGAACUCUCGGCCUGCAGUCAGGCCUGUCUCUGAGAUGGACUUGAGGCCUCCCUUACAAAAGAGCUCUUCAGAGGAAAGCAAGAAAGUCCGCCCAGCCUCAGAGUCAGAUAAGAGGAGCACUCUACCACGAUACAUGCCUGCUGCAGAGUUCAGAGAACGCUCAGGUAAAACCCUCGUCCUUUGACUUUCUCCAUUUUAUCUGAAAGUAUCUUAACACUCAUCAGGGCCAGAACUGCGAGGAAACCACCAGUAACAAAGAUGACUUUGGUUUACAGUUUUCUUAGUAGAAAUAUCUAAAUCGUCGAGGCAGAGUACAGUAUGACAUAGCGUGUGUUUGUAACUUUGCUGACCCUUGUACUUAUUCUGACCCCAUCCUCGGUCUCGCUUUAAGCCUCACCAAGUAGUUAAACCAGUAAUCCCAGCACAACUGCAACACUUCACCAAAGUUAAUCUUGCGUUAGAAAGGCUUUCUUUUUCUCCUUAAUGCACUCGACAUGGUCUACAUGUAAUUAAAACACCAUGCACUCUCUAAAGGUGAGGCUGUGGGAAUUUAGUGGAUGUCUUCAGGAUCAGGGUGUGUGACCUUGACUUUACUUAGUAACAUCUUAUUCUGAUACAUGUUUGACCACUGCAAGAAACACAAUAUACUCUAUGUACUUGUGGUGCAGUCAGAAAAGUUUGUUCAAGGUUAGAGUCAAGUUACAUUUACUCGAGAUGAGGAAAUGCUCUGCGACCCUUUUUAUUUGUUACUCCGACUUAAGGAAAAUUGAUAUUUGCGACCCAACAAAAAACUAUUAACAGCCCGAAUGGUUUCUUGUCAACUCUGCUCUUGCACACAAUUUAUAAAAGAAAGCAAAUGUGACAAAAAAAAUGCAGACGCACUAGUUGUUUUCUUUCUCGUUGUUUUCCCCAGAGAUUAACAGAGUUCUGAUGCCAGUAGCAAAGCCAUUAACAAUGUGAACCUUCGAAUAUACCACUGUGUAUCAAAGUAUAGAUCAAAAAAUAUUUGAGCUUGGAUUCUUAGAGGUAAGGAAACUACAGUGGAAACAAAUUUAGUGGGCUCAUAGUAUAAAAACAAUCAGUCUGUCUCGUAUUCAAAGUGACUGUGUUUUUAGGAGUAGUGUUAACUGGGAGUCAAAUAAUCAAGGUAAUAAACAGCAUCAGGAGUAGGAAUUCGUAAUGCUAUUUUAAAACAGGGCUGUGUUGGACUUGGGCUGUUUUUGAAUGAUGAAACAUUUUCAGACAACUUUCCAGCCAUCAUCAAAUAUCAGGAUCUGAAGAGAUCGAGGAAGCAUGCUGGGCAUAAUUUGUCCCUGCAGAGAAAUGAGAAAAAAACACAUUUUUUCACAUAAAACCGCUUUGAUCCAUGUUUAUUUUCUAGUCAUGAUUCUCACAGCCAUUUGCUUCUAUAAGGAGGACAUAAACAGUCACAUUAGAUAUUAGGGCUGGGCGAUAAACCGAAAAUUUAUUGAUAUCGAAAUUUAUGACAAUAACCAAUGUCAUUUUGCCCAUGACAAUAUAUUCGGUGUCAAAGAAAUAAAUAAAUGAAGUUGUUUUUGGAUGUGUGUAGGUAGGCUAUGGUCUCAUGUCUCUUUAAGACGCUGUCCUAUGUCAGAGUGAGGAGAUGGAGGACGGUUCAAAAAUUGUAGCGGCUGGAGAAGUAGACAAAGUUAAUGUAGGAGGGGGUGAGCAGCUUCUGGAGUAGUUAUCGUCUGUUUAUUGUAAUCGAGGUGAACUGCUCAGUAUAUCGUGAUAUUGAUUUGAGGCCAAAUCGCCCAGCCCUAACUGACUGAUUACCUGUAUCAGUUUCAGCUUCAUGAACUCAACAACAAGUGGAUUUACUUUCAUGCCUCAAUCAGUCUCAGUUUUAAAAGGCUGAAUAUCCCUUCCAUGAAGAACCUUACUUCUGCUUUACUGCCUUAGCAACCCCUCUUACAAAGCAAAGAGCUCUGGGAUCAAGUAAGUCAGGAGGAGAUUUGAGGCCGUAUCGCCCAGCCCUAUUAGAUAGAAUCGAGUUUUAUGAAGACAACCACUUAAAUGUCUCUGUAAGACAACCUGCCAUAGACUGCUUUGAGUGCACUGACAUUGGUGAUUAAAAAAGUAAGAGGAUGUUGAGUGAGUCAUCACCUUUUGAAGAGCAGUCUUGGUGAAAUCUAAAGCAGAGAAGUUAGGACAAAUUCACUCGUCCUACAUACUUUUUAUGAAGUGCUGCAACCAAAAGAAAACACUCUCUGCCUCGAAGGUCAGGCAGGAUUAGGGUUCUCUUUUAUUGUCCAAUGCAUCAUUUUCUAGUCUCAACGGAUGACUUUUUGAACUUCCAUUCGCUGCCUCCGGUUGAAAUGUGGGCUCGCAAGUAUGAGCUCUGUCUCUGCGUUUCAUCAAACGCUUUUCAAUGUUUUGAUGUUGAAAAAACCUUUACAUGCACUAACCAUGGUGCUGUGAUAUCGUUUUAGAUAAAUGAUGUGGAGUUUGAACCUGACUGGAAUUGCGUUUGUCAGAAACUAGAGAGUAAACACGCAGCUUUGAUUUGUGGAUUUAAAGGCUACAUCAGACUCCUACGCCGCUCUGAGCUGUCUCUGUGUGUGCCGUGUGAACUUCAUACAGUUUGAUUGAUUUUAACCUUCAUCCUUUGAUAACUUUAAAAGCUUGAUCAGAGUGAAAGCUCUUUCUAUGACGUGUUUGUGAUCACCCUUUUUUGUUUCCCUGUAGUUACCUUGUUGUUUUUGUGUUUGUCUUUAUGUGUGUAUCCCCUCUAUAGAGUCUGCUGCUGUCCGCUUCGCCCCCGACCCUCAUCCAUCACAAGACCCCCAGCAAGAACCUCCCCCACUCAAACAGGCCUUGCUUCCCCCUAAAUUUCUCACCGAGUCCGGCAGAAGUCCGACCCCGUCCUCCUCCUCUUCAUCCUCCUCCUCCACCUCCUCUGCUUCCUCCUCUACUCCUGUAGCCGUGGCAAAGCCUCCCAGGACAGUCUCCCUUAUAGUUGACGACCAGCUUCGGCCGCCCCAUGUUGUUCCUCCCUCGACUGAUUCUGACACACCACCCCCUGUUCCUCCCCACGCCAAGCAGCCUCCUGUCCCUCCACCUAAACCCACUAACCGCAACAGCAACCCCGCACUGCUCGGUGAGUUUGUCGUGGUCUUUGUAUUUGAUUUUAGUUUUGCCUUUACAUAUCAGAGAAUUUUCUUAAUGUGGAUUUAAUCUCCCUGAGUUGUGGACCUCGCUGACAUAGAAGCUCAUCACAAGUUACAGAGAAAUGUAGAAACAAGGUGUUAAUCAAAACUGCAUCGUCAAAACUGGCACUAUGUUGUUCCCUGUGCUGCUACCUGGGAGCUAAUGUUAGCAAAAAUACUUCACAAGUACAGCUCCACAGUCAAGCAGAUAUUCAUUCUUUUCUCCAUUUUAUUCAUAUUUUUAGGAUUAUCAUGUUCAGUGUCAAAAACAAUCAUUUACAGUUAAUCCCUGCAAUAUAUAAGUCAAAGUAGGGCUGGGCGAUAAACCAAAAAUUAACCGAUACCAAAAUUUAUGACAAUUACCGACGUCAUUUUGCCCAUGUCAAUAUAUUUGGUGUAAAAAAAAAAAUUAGUUGGUUUUGGAUGUCUGUAGGUAGGAUAUGGUCUCAUGUCCCUUUAAGACGCUGUCCUACAUCAGAGUCGUGAAUCUACCUCAUCCAGUGUGUAACAAAGAGGGAAAGACAGGUGAGGAGAUGGAGGACGGUUCAAAAGUUGUAGCAGCUGAAGUAGACGAAGUUAAUGUGGAAGGGGGUGAGCAGCUUGUGGAGUAGUUCAUUUAUCGUUAUCGAGGUGAACUGCUCAAUAUAUCGUGAUAUUGGUUUGAGGCUAUAUCGCCCAGCCCUAACUCAAAGACAACAUAUGUCAAAGGUCGAACACUUGAUAGUUUUAUGAAGGAUUUGAUGCCACUAGCAUGUUUUUGAGCUUGUGUACUGUAGUGCCGCAUUAUCUUUUCUUAUCACAACACUGUGUAAUUAUUUGUAGACCAGUUUCUGGAUCCUUGCUGUUCUAUGCAAGGUCUUCCCUGAAAAUAUUGUUGUGUGAGUCAGACCAGAGGAAAGUUUCCCACUUUGCCUCAGCUCAUCUUAGAUAGGGUUCAAGUUCGGAGAAGCCGCCUGCAUUUCAUUUUUACUCUGUGGGACAUUACUCUGGAACGUCUGAUCUAUUUCCUCACACAGAGUGAUGCACCUCUUCCCACUUUAACCCUGUUAAGGUUGUGAAAUGUGUUGCUGGCAUCAAAUUGAAAAAAAAAAGCAUUUGUUUUGUCGCACUUGCAUUAUUAUUGGUGGUCAAUUUCUGUUUUUAUCAACUCUUUACAGCAUCUUGUCUAUUGUAAAAUUAGCUUUAUUAAUAAUAACAGAGAGGCAAGAUACCUAGGGUAGGUGUUAAGCUAUCCCUUAUCGGUUGUUAUCGUGUUUGUAAGACUGCUGAAAAGACUGUUAGAAGAUCCAGACAAAGAUUCUUUUAAUAGCUGUAACCUAAUCUCUCAGGUAGAAAACCACCCUGUUCAGAGUAAGUCUACUUUACAUGCUUUUUGUUUCCACCGACAGUCAGUGCUUUGAAUGUCAGACACAUUUUUUUCAAAUAAUACCCUCAGAAACAGAGUUGUUUGUUCAGGUAAGACCUCAAUAACAGUUAUGUAACUCUCUUUGAAGCAGCCAGACUCCAUUGACAAAACAGUCAUUUUAACUUGUAGAACACCAGAGUUGGCUGCCUCACCCAUUUAAUCUGUUUGUCAAAAAUAUGUUGUGUUGCAUCUGAGACAUGUGAUUGAAACACCAAAAGCACUCAACACUGCAAACCAACCAGCUGAUUAAGUUGGCAGAACCAACAAGUAAUUUCAGCGUUCUGCGAGCUAAAAUAACAGAUUUUGUUAAUGGGAUUCUUGGCUUGUGAGUGGAUAAUUUUGGUUGAAAACAUCAUUUUUCUCUCUUUCACUGAGGUCUGUAACUACAAGAAUAAUGUUUGUAGAGUGAUCGUACUUAUAAAAUAACUACUUGUGCCUGUCAGUUGCAAAAUUUAACAGCACUUUACUUGAGUGCAUUGUUUUUAAGGAUGCCUUUAUUUAAAAGCAAAAAAGCAAAAACAAGGCCUCUUUUUGAAAACACGGUUGGUGCUCUUUGAUUCGAUAAAAUAUUUAUGCAUUUUUGACUUCACUGUAAUGGGAGUCCCUUUUUUUGCUGGAUGUGUUUGUGUAAAUCAUAGGCUCUUAAUUUCAUUCCCCAGAUUCAUAACCAAAAAAUCCUGUCAAAGGUCACUUGAGGUUGGAAUUCCCAUGAUAUGUUAGAUGUGCAAGGUUUUCCCACACCAAAAAAACAGUUUUUUAUUUGACAGACCUUAUCAUUUUGGAGGUCUUUCCUUACUACACAAAGAAAAAUAAGUGUAUUUUAUCACUAAUUAGGAAUAUAAACUCUACUUUUUUACGGUGUUUGAUUUAAAACAAAGGUUUUUACCAUAUUUGCUUUACCUGAAACUAAGACAAAAAUGGAGGCUGCAGUUCUUUGCCGUGAAGCUGUUUCCUAACAUGUUGCUGCCACGCAGGUUCAGUGUGUGCAGUCAGCGGUCUCUGAGGGUAGAGCACGCACCGGCUUGUCUUUGCACAAUUUAUGCAACGCCAGCACUUCUUUAGAAGUCAGAUUGAAAGUGAUUGGCUUUUAGUAUUUCAUGCAUCCUUUGUCCAAGCAUGCCACAGCGGCUCCAGCAUAUAUCCUACCCCAGUGCUGUCUCUUCUUAACAUUAUCUGUGGCAGAGACACAUUCCAACACCAUUUGUUAGACGAGGUUUCCAUACAUAUGUUAGUGGAUUUCAUUUCUCACUGUCACAUAUUCUACUCUAAAGGUAUGUGCCUGCGCAGAGAGGCCUGUCUGAGAUUACUCGGUAAUGGACUUUGCAUGAUUGCAGUGUGUUGUGUGUACUGUGAAAGGACACAUAUACAUACACACACUGAGAGCAAUCCUUGGAGAAUCCUGCUCCUGCUUGUUUCUCUUUUAUUUUUAGCAGGUUGGAUGCAAACUUUAUUGUACAUAUUUUUAAUCACAGGGAAUAUCGCUUGACAAAGGCCAUUUUAUGUCCUGAUCCUUAAAUCCAUAUUUGGAAAAUCUAAUCGCAGGCAAUCAGCUGAUGAUAAUCUUUGAACAUGCUUGGAUAUGCUGCUGACAAUCUUUGUGUAACAUCUUAAAAUAUAAAACUCAACUUGUCAGUGCCUCCUGGUGGAUGAAUGCUAGUUAUUAUUUUGAAAUUUUCUAAAUAAUUCAAAAUGUAGUUAGGCUUUUUCUGCUUUAUAUUGAUUCAUCAAUGUAUCAAGUAUAAACUCUAGUAAGAAAUAUAUACAAUGAACUUAAAUUAGCUGGUUACUUACAGUAGGAUAUGUUUUUAAGCCCUAACUACUUGAAAUUUUGGUGACAUUGGGAUUUUAAAGGGUUGUUAACUCCUUAAUUCGGCUGAAACAUUGCAUUUAUCAUGGUUGUCGUAACAACUGUAUGAUGUAAUAUUUAUGAUAAGAUGAAUUAGUGGAACAAAAUUGGAAAAAAAAGGAUUUUCUCACGAUUAUUUCCCUGACGGAGAGAGUUAAUCUUAAGUAUUUGCCAAUAGGAUCUAACACACUAAAUAUGCUUGAUGUAUCCAGGAUGAGUAACAAAUGAGUUUCUUAUCUCAUGUUCAGAAAUUUAAGUUAUAUCUUGACAAGUCUUCUUUAACAUUAAACCCUGGGUGUAUACUCUGCAUCUGGACAGUGUCAAGCCAGGCCAGAGUUAUCCAGAAUCCUCCCUCCCCCCAAUGUCUUUCCCAAGCUUGGAAUGUAAACGCAGCCCCAUCCCUGACAUCUCCACUCAUUUUUGCCAGCCUCCUCAUUGAACAGGGGCUCUAGAGUCAGGCAGCCUUGUUACUGGAUCAGCUGGAGACGUCAGAGCGAACUCGGCCUCUACCUCUCUCUGCCUGUGUACAUGCGGCACAGGGCCUGCCAGACCUGCUCAGGUACCCAGCAGGGAGCCAGAUCACAAUGCAUCUUGAUAAAGCCUGCAGUCUGGUCUCAUAGAUCCACGUUCUCAUCUCUAAUGGAUCACCUCUGCUCCAUCUUAACACCUGUAGUCCAUUGCAUGUCUUUUGCAGCUCACUGGAGCUGUUCUCAGCUCAACUAACUUAAAAAAAAAAACAAGACUGCAUGGACUCUGACCUGACAUCUAAUGUUCAAGAGUGUGUGCGGUUAUGUUAAUGAAUGUCCACUGCAGACUGUUGUCCAUUGACUCAGCCUCUAAAACCACCACUGACAUGUUUGCUUGUUUUGUCAAUGAAACUAACUCUGUUUGUUACAGACGUUAUUUGCAUUUUCAUGUUUGGAUUGUAGUUCAUACUUCAUGUGUUUUUUUGUCUUUUUUUUAAUCAGAGGUGUCACAGUUUGAUUCUGUUAUCUUCAAAAUAGAGAAGUCAUUUUGUUCAAAGAUUAGGAUGAACGAUUCUGAGUGUUUUUGUUUUUUCCACCGCCACCUAUGAGAGAAAAAACCCUCAAGUGAUGAAUGUAUAAUGACAACAUGUAGAGGCACAGAUCAUCUUGAUAAUAUUCAACAAUAUUAUUGUGGCCCUAAAGUAUUUUAUAACCAAAGAUUUUAAUGAAGGCCAUGUUACUUUCAUUUAACACCAAAAACAGCAGACUAUGACUUGAAGAUUUAUAUUUUUGUCAUGAUUUAGGCCUUUAUUGUCUUUUCUAGAUUGCCAAAUUUUUGCAUAGUUAUAUAAAUGUUCAUAAUAUUCACUUUGUCUGAGAAACAAACAGAAUAAUAAAGAUUCUGACUAUGUUUAUACGUGCCUGGCUAUUUUCAUAAACGGACAUUUCACCCUCUCCGUUUACAAAAAAAAACUAACCUGUGAAUAAAUGCCGUCAAGCGCAUAUCAAACAUGUGAGUGGCAGUGUAGCGAGACGCUCAAGCCCAUGUUAGAAAAUCAGAAUCCCACAAAGCAGUCAAAAACAACAACGCCCCAUCCUUCUUUCCUGAGCACAAUCUGCCAUCAGCUACCCAAAUCUCUGUUUUACUACAGUUUUCUCCGUUUAAUCUUCACUCUGGCCGGAGUUUUUAAAUAGCAUCAUUUUAGGGUCGAAUUCUCCAUUUGCGUCUAAAGGAAGGGUGCAAAUGAUGGUUAAUGUCUCAGUUUUAAAAAUAUCUGGGUAUGUAUAAACAGGGCCUCUUAAUAAUCUUUACACCUUGUUUUUCCUUGUUCAGAAUUUAAACAGAAGCGUGCAUGAUGAUCUGUUUAACUAAGAUCUUUAACCGAAUUAGGUAUUUGGAGAACUGUGACACCCCUGAUUGUUAAAUAAACCUCUCAAUGAUUGUUUUUUAACUGUUUUUUCAAUCAAUUUAACAGCUGAGCUCUCUCAAGCUGGCAGUGGCGUCAUCAUAGUGCCAGUGCCUGCCAAGCGCUCUCCACCGACGCCACCCAAGAGGAUGACCCCGGUCACAAAGCGCCAUGCCAGUGAUACUUCUCCCCCGAGUCAGGCGCCGGAGUCUCCCACCACUGAAACCGCCUCUGCUCCCGCGCCGAUCCCUCCUGCUGUCCAGAGAGGAGAGAACAGUGAAGACAGCCCUGCAGCUCCCCAGACCUUCCUUGAGACUCCGCCUUCGCCGCCAUCCCACAUACCUCCGUCUCCUCCGAGAGUUCAGUCACUCCAACCGCCAAACUCCUCUUCCUCUUCUGCUCCUGUGCCCGCUAUUCAAACGGACCCCCCCAGCCCCACCACAGAGCCCCCCAGCCAGCCUCCUGCCAUCCCCCUACACAUCCUUAUCCAGAGAGCCCUGGCCAGCCCCGGUCCUGCUCAGCCCAAUCCAGACGGCUCCCAGAGGGCUCACUCACUGCUGUUCGAAUCUCCUCCAGAUUUCUUGACUGAGGCGGGGGGGAACUCACGCCACUCUCUGCCCAUCACCAUCGAACCUCUUAGACUGUAAGUGUUCCACUUUCUGCGCAUUACAAUCUCACUCUAAAAGUGGGGAAUAAAGGAGAGCCAUUUCCUCCUUUUGGGAUAAAUGUUUUUUAUAUUAUUUGUCCAAGUCAAAGCAUUUAGGUUUCAUAUGCACUAUAAGAACGAUUCUCUAUAAAAGAUGGUAGAAAAAGUAAAAAGUAGUAUAAAGAAAUGAAAAAGAUAAAACAUUAAAGAGACACAAAAACAUAAAAGUAAAGUUCUCACACUUUGAGUGAACUUCUGUAACUGUAUUUAUAUCCGUGGGAGUUGAAGUGGGGGGAAAAGUGGACCUGACUACCCAGGGCCCGAGUACAGAGAGGGGCCUACUGACAUUGAGAGUGUUCAGGGCCCAGAAUUUGGUGUUACGCCCCUGCUUACAUCGAUCCUGCCGCUCUUCUAUAACUCAUCAUUACAAGUUUGGCAGCAAUUAAUUUUAAAUUGCUGAUUUUUUUGUGAAUUUCAUGUAAAAGUAAAAAAGUCGAAAUCCAUAUGACUUGAAGAUUCAGUCAUCGUAUGUUUUCUAUAAGGAUCACAUGCACAUAAGCGCAUACGUAGUGUAUACACACAUGCACCAGUGUUAAGCACUGUCCUUAUAAGAGACUGUAGUCCACAAACAGCACACCUCACCUGUCACCUGGUUCUUAUAUGACAUAUGGAUUACACUAUCUUCAUAAAGUCUCAAAGUGGAAAGAGUUACUGAGGAGUUUAAUCAAAAUUGGCAGGAGGGAGUGUUUGUAACAGUUCAGCCUGGUUCUCGGGACUCUAAACCUGCCAGAAGGUAAAAGGUUGAAGUCUCAUGGCAGGAUGAGAGUGUGAAUUUUUGUCCUUGUGUGAUAACAGACUGCUUAUAAAGAAUCUGCAGUGACAGGUGAUUUUUUUUUUGACCCCAUAUUCUUUAUGGCUGUCUGCAGCUGGAGGGGCAAUCCGUGAGCUCAGCCACACCGUCAAAUUACCACACCAGGCAGGCUAUAACACCGUAUCUUAUGUAUUUUCCAGCGCUAUAAUAAAGUGAGAGGAUUUUCUGCUCCACUCCAUAGAACUAGAGUCUGUGUGAAAAAGUGCAUAUGCUGCUGGAGUUGGGAGAAAAGAUAUCUGUAUGAACCAAACUGAAUGAUAGGCUGUUUUGCUUUUUUAAAGCACAGAUUAAAAACACAAGGGGGGGUAAGGGGUGUCCUGAUACAACUUUUUGACUUCCGAUACAAUACCGAUAUUGUAGCUUUCAGUAUUGACCGAUAAAUAAAAAAUUGUGCAUGACAUAUUUGUCUUUUUCAAAUUUAAACAACAAAUACUGCCACAAGGCCAACAUCACUCCUACUCCUUGCUACGUUGUUAGUACCUUAGUACACACUGUUGUUGUGAUUAUGUGGGCUCAGCUUGCUGGAUCAGAUAGAGGAGAUAAAUAAGGUGAGAUAGAGGUGCUGGAGCGGAGUCUGGAAUGGACUGCUCGUAUCAGAAUGCUGAUAUCAUAGAUUUUAGAUGCAGGCCGAUAUAAUCCGAUAUUCGUUUUUUUUUUUUGCUGAUAUCAGACCGAUAUCAGUAUUGUAUUGGGACACCCCUACUUGUGGUCACUCACAACCAUACAUUUCCACAGUCUUCGCCACAUUGAGUUCAAGAUGGUUCCAAUUUUGCCACCACUCAAACUUCUUUAGUCGUUAUAUUGAGUAGCUAGGAGAUUUCUGGGGCCUGUGUUGAAAACGUUAGCCUCGAUCCUCAUUAGAUGUUAAGACAUUUAGUGAAUUUAUUUUACAAGCAAUUUUACUUUUACAGUUACUGAAGCUACAUAUUUAUGGACGACGAUAUUUACUCAGCCUAAUUCAAAAUAAACUUUAAUUAAAAAAGAAUUAUGGGCUUUGUUUUCUAAAGUUGUUGAAUUGAAAGUUUUUACAAGGUAACUAACAAGACCUACAUGCUCUCCAGCCAGACAAACAGGAGUUAUGUAAAAGUGGGCCCCAUUAAUCUUUGAAACAAAUAUUUUUCUUUUAUUGCCUCAUCUUGAAAUCUCAGAUUACUGUUAUGAAAAGGAGAAUUAAAGAUUAUCCCUCACAUUUUGAAAUAACAAUGCUGAACUUGUUUACAGACCAGAAGACGACGACUUUGACAUGGAGGAGGAGAUGAGGAAGCUACACCCGCCGAGGCCUUCUCGCCAGGCAGAGCUGGAACCCCGCAGCAGGAGAGGUUUAGUGGGGGACCCGAGAGUUAGUGUCAUUCAUGAAGGAGGAGGUCCUGGAGGGAGCGAGGAAGAGUCUGACUCAGACGGUCCCAUCCUGUACAGAGAUGAGGAUGAUGAGGAUGAUGAGGAGGAUGUUCCGACAAGUAAGACAGUCUUUCCUAAUCCGUUACAUUGAAACCAAAGUGAAUCAAAACUCAGACUUCAGACUUCCUCUCACGUUUUUAUCCAAUAACAAAUAUCUUAAAACAAAAGCAGGAAAAGAUGCACAUAGAUUCUGUGAGUAUAAACAUGGAUUUAUUUCAAAACAUGUACUAGAACAGAACAGAGACCACUGCGGUGCUCAUUUCCAAUCACUUCAAUAUCUUAGUUUCAAAACGUAGUCGUGAACAUGCAGCCAUAAAAUAAAGAAUGCUUUUAUGAAUUUCUCAUAAAACAGGAUGUGAGAACCUCACAGUCUCCCUGACGAUGCAUAAAAAUACCCGCCAUAGAAAUAUCUCCGGUGUACCCAGCAAGGCAGGAUCGAAAUAGACGAACAAGACCAAUAAUGCAUAAAAAUUCCACUCAGCUAGAGAGUGCACUUCAUUCGAAAUCACACCAGCAGCAGCAGAGUGAAGUACCUCUCAUGAAGGUAGAAGAAACGAGUCAUCCCCUGAUAAAAUACAGAUUUUAGAGGCAGUCAUUUACACCAAACACAUUUUUCUGGCUACUGUCAACCACAGCAUGUUUGGAUUGUGUUUGUUGAAUUUAAUGUCUUUAGUUCGUUCAUAAAAACUGAUGCUCUACGCUCAGCUGUUGAUGCAAAAUAAACAUUCGCACUCCCAUUACAUAUUUUGUUUUCCGCGCACGUAUUUACAGUGGCGUUAAUGCAGAAAGAUGACAAAAGUACAUUCAUAACAGAUUGCCUCCGUUUCCUCAUGAAGCCUGUUGAAACCAUCUGUGAUUGAUUUUUUAAAAUGAGCCAUCUUCCUCUCACAGCGAGUGAAAUUAAUCAGGGCUGUUUUUCUUUUCUCGCUCUCUACUGAGACAAAUAUAAAUUACAACGUGCCGAAAAUGAAAGCUUUGGGCUGUUUACUGCACAUUUACUCAGGUUUGUUUUCAUACCAAACAAAAAGUGCACACAAUGUUUUUGUUUUGUUCACAGUAACUUGAUAUAUUUGAGGGUACGUUUUGAGAAUUGUCAUGUUUCAAAUUAGGGCUGGGCGACAAACCAAAAAUUUACCGAUACCAAAAUUUACAAUAAUAACCAAUGUCACUUUGCCUAUAUUAGUAUAUUUGGUGUCAAGACAAUUGAUAAAUAAAAGUUGGUUUUGGAUGUGUGGGUCAGUAGGUUGGUUGGUCAAUUAGAUAUUUACAACAGGUGCACCCUCUUGCAACUCUUUGACUUUUUCCAGGGUGAAGCAGCACCGGUUGACAAAAACAGACAAAAUAAAGUGUAAACAGCUAAAAGCCCCAUUUCACUUGUCAGAUUUAGUUUAUGAAUCCUGCACUGGACGUCUACAGUUGGUUUUUAUAAUCAAUGUUGAUCUCAAAAGUUAAAAGAAAUGCUCAGACAUAACCGUACAGGCCGGAAUAAUGGAUCCUGCUAAUCACCAUCAUUAGAAAAUAAGACAAAAACAGUUAAGCCUUUUUUUUGUUUACAACUGUAAAUAAUAGUCACUCACAGCUCCAGGAGAAUGAAAAAUAAAGAGAUUUGGUAGGCUAUGGUCUCAUGUCCCUUUAAGACGUUGUCACUACGUCAGAGACGUGACUCCACCCCCAUCCAGUCCGUAACAAAGAGGGAAAGACAGGUGAGGAGAUGGAGGACUGUUCAAAAGUUGUAGCGGCUGAAGUAGACGAAGUUAAUGUGGGAGGGGGUGAGCUGCUUGUAGGGCAGUUAUCGUCCAUUUAGCGUUAUCGAGAUGAACUGCUCAAUGUAUCGUGAUGUUGAUUUGAGGCCAUAUCACCCAGCCCUAUUCCAGGUACAGUUACAUUCUGCAAAAAUAACACCCAGGCUUCAAAGUACUCUCAAUAUAUCUUAAUUCAUCUGUGUACAGUUAAAGAUUAAUCAUUUAUGAAACGGGUUCCUGGUGUUAGAGAGAAGGUCCAGCUCUCAAGACCACUUUGUUUCAACAUCAUCUUAUACCAUUAUCUGAUAGGAUAAAAGUGAAGCAAGUGCAAACUUUGACGAUAUUCUCUUUAUAUGUCAUCAGGUGGGCUGGCGAGCCGAAUCAAGAGGAAAGACACACUGGCCUUGAAGCUGCAGGAGAGACAGGAGAGAGAGGAGAGGAACGCCCAGGAGAACCACGACAACAUGAGCUGGCACAACAGGGAGCAGUGGGUGGCCGUGAGGAACAGGAUCGGCACCACGCUGACAAGGUAAAUGAUGUGCAUCCAUCUAUCUAUACAUCCAUCCAUCACAGUUUGACAAAUCAGAGACAUUAAAAAAAGACCGGGAGAAGUGAAGAGGGAUGUAUGUUGUCAUAGAUCAACAAGAAAAGAGCCCAAAGCAUCCUCGUUUUAAUAGUCCGAAAUGGCGUGGUCAUGUAGACCUAAAGGACAAACUUUGACAUGUUCUGGCAUCAAAGUAAACUUCUCCCUUAGAUACAUGAUCAAUAUUACAGGGUCAAGUUUACUGUUAAAAUUCUCUCACCUGUGUUCUGAUGUGUUUUCAGCUUUUUAUCGUUGUCUUCAUCAUGUACUUUGUUUUUAAUAGAGAUGAUGGUGCAGGCAGGGUAUUAAUAUUCAUUUGUUGUUUGUAUAUCCCUACACAACUUAAAUAACUCCAUCUGCUGGAGGUUUACUGUCUUGACACCCUCUGCAGACCACAACUUAAAGACCAAGUGGAACUUUUCCAUUGGUGAAGUGACUAUUAAAAAGAGACCAAACAUCCCUUUGAGCCCUGAUGAUGAAAAAUGUUGAAGUUUUUUGAGGUCCACUGAUAAUAAAUGCUUUUUUUUAAACUGUUCAAAAGAAAGAAAGAAAAUAUCUGUACUCUGGGACACGUUACCUAAACUGCUGAACAUGUACACUGUCAAACAUAGUUACACCUGCAGCUUUCCACAGGGAUUGAUGAUGGUCCUGUUACAUCCAUCCAUAUCAGUCUUUAAAACGUGUCUCGUGUCAUUUGUCUUCAGGCGGCUGAGCCAGAGACCGACAGCAGAGGAGUUGGAGCAGAGAAACAUCCUUCAAGGUAAGCCUCUUCUUCCCUCCCUCCCUCCUUUUUCUUACUCAAUCCGUCCAUCUCUCCCCUGCCAUCCCUCAUUUCUCUAUUCAGGUGCGUUUGCCAGCACCACAAGGUCAGGCAACUUAGUUUUCUUGGUUUGUGCUGAAGCUACAGUAAUCCUUUUAGUAAUUCAUCAGCGAGCAAAUGUGUGGGGGGUAUUUUCACCUCUUGCCUCUGGUAUAUUGAUUCCCUCUAAACACAGUCGAUUUUAUGAUUUAAAUCAUGAUAUGAAUUAUUUAAUAUAUUCUACUGUCAAUCCCAGGGUUGUAACAAUAUCAAAAUUUCAUGAUAUGAUAAAACCUUGAUAAGAAGUCCACAAUACUUUAGUAUUUGCGGGUUCUUUUUCCAAGUUUUCAGUUGUCUUUGAUUGUCCUGAAUUGUCGAUCACAGACAAUGACUGUAGCUCUUUGUUCUGCGUGUUCAGCGUUAUGUCUUGUAAUCUCUGAGCUCUCACACUGUUAUGGGGAAGUGAGGUUGUAAACACUUCAGAGUCGUUUGGCCCGGCUGUAUUUUUCCCCUCUCAGGGUGACUAUUUGACGAGCGGCUUCUCAUACUAUUACCUCUUUCCCCUGAUGCGUAGGACACUGUAGCUUAGCAGUGUCUGCACUUUUACCUCUUUCUCAUUUCUGACCGUAAAGGAACAGAAAUGCUUCCAUACAUUAAACUUAAUACCUGGAGUAUUCACAUUAUCGAAUUACCUCUCUGUGCUUCCUCUGCAAUCCAUGCCCAGUAUUUUUACAGCUCAAUUUAAAGCAGUGAGGAUGUUAUGCACGUGUAUGAGACCGUUUUUUUUGUCCCCUAGUGUCUCGUACCAACAAGGUGCCCUUACGUGUCUGGAAGAGUGACUUUUCAGAGACAUGUUAGAGGAAAUGAUGAAGUAUGAAGGGGCUGCAGUAAGAGGUGAUGGAUUGGUCGGUUGCUGCCAGUUGAUAAAAAAUACAGUUUUGAGUGAUAAGAUGUUCAAGUAAUCUGAAGUCCUGUCAUGUAAACUUCAUUCCUAAAGAACAUAAAAAACACAACUGAGGCUGACUAAAGUGCUUUACAGAGAGGGCAGGGUAUCCACAGUGUCUUAAAACAUGUCUAAAAUUCUCUUAAAAUCUCAUAAAAUGUCAUGUAAAUAUGAUUUUGAAAGGUCUUAAAAGUGUAUUAACUCUACUUAAAAUAAAUAAUGUUCCAUAGGAAUAGAAAUUGAUUUGAAGUAAUGUAAAUGUUCAGAUUUCCCUUCAUGUCUUUUGUAGUUUUUAGCCAGUAUGGAUGUUAAAUGGGUCUUAAAUUGUAUUCAUUAGUCUAAAAGAGUCUUGAAUUACACACCGAACGCUUUAACACUUCAGCACUCUGCACUUCAAUCAGCCCUUUGAUCGCUCAUUUUAGCAUUUAACGCUAGUGAAAUACAUAUGGUCCCCUGACCCUUGGCCUGUAUGUUUCAUGAGCCACUAUACUUUUCAUUGUUCCUGCUUUUAUUUUUCAUUUUCUGUCCUAUUGUGUUUUCAAAGACACGUUUUCCCUCUCUGUAAUUACUCCCUCUGCUCAUACAGGCCAUGAAGGCUAACUGUUGUACUUACUGUUACUGUAGUUUUAUUGAUUUUAUUAUUCCACCUGCUGAAGGGAAUAAAAAGAUAGAAAUUGGCCGUUGGCUAUACUCUAUAAUAUGUAUUGUCCCUGGUUUAAAUAAAUAUACUCAAAUUUAAGUUGCUGAAACCUGCAGAGACCUUGGGGGUAAAAACAAGAAUCCACAAGACAAUAGCGAUGGUUUAAUCUGUUAGGAAAUAACAACGCUCAUCUCUAAAGGAAGGCCAGAGGAAAGAGAGGAGUCUUUCACAGGUUUCACGUCUAAAUCCCUAUGAGCAGGGGCAGAUCUCUCAUGAAGUGGAAAGCUCGACCUGAUUGCCUCUGGUUCUGAGCAGAGUUUGAGGCACUUUCAGGAGCAGUUGAUUAGCCCACUAUAGCACUUUAGCCUGUGUGUGAACGUGUCGAAGUUCAGCCUCAAAUCAGCGUCAGUCCAUUAACCCAUUUAAUGGUUGCUAAAGUGAACUGUCGGCAUUUUCCACUUUGAAGUAGAUUUUGAAGUGUUGCACAUGUUUUAAAUGUCAGUCCACCCCGGAAAAAACAUCAACCACUUCAUAGAGGUUGCAUGAUUUAGUGCAUAAGAACAGAAAAACUUGGACCCAAAGGAACUGAUGGAAUUACAUCAAAAUUCACUAAAGAAAUAUAUUUAUCUCUAAACUAUUUUUUUAUUUAUUUAAUACUUUGUGUUUGCUGAUUCCUUAAUAUUAAUCUUUUUGGUGUAAAAACACUCAUACCUGACUUACAUUAUAUCCUGCUAGCUUCUUUGUCUCUGUAUCAGCGUUGAUGGUAUCAGAUCAGUGUGGUGGCUGGUCGACUCCUGAUACCAUAUACAGGCGUGUAGUAGCUGUAUCCGGGGUUCUCUAAAGUGAGAUUGUUUCUGCAUUCAAUCUUUGGCAACAUGACUGAUCCGUUUACAAAUGCUCUUGGAAAAAAACAAAAGAGUUUUCUUAUGACUAAAAAAAUGCUAAAUGCAUAUUCCUCUCUCAAGCAUUUAACCUCCUUUGCAAACAUAUAGAUCGACACAGACACAUAGUUAAACAGUCUGUUUGAUGACUACUGACCACUUAUUAUUGAAAAGUCUCUCAGAAGCCUCUUAUCACGAGCACUACCAUUAAAAUGAUCUCCUGUGCUAAACUGUGUCUUUAGCUUGAUGACUGUAUAUUGUCUUUAAAGCUAAUUUGUGCUGAAAUGGGUUCACAGUAGCCCAGAAAUCAUUUAAAAUUUGCAUGAAUGUUUGGUCAGAAUGUCAAAAUUAAAUAGCCUAGAUUGAGAUGUUCACACAAUUGGAUUACCAAUUACCCCUGAAAAUCUAUUACCUUCUCUCCAGUACUCUACCGACGUGAUAUGACUCAAUUUCACUGAUUGUAUGCAGACCAGUCAGCCAGUUGAUUUAAUGUAUGACACAUUCACAUUGUUCUGAUUACUGUUAGCCCCUAUUUACUCUUCAUUCCAUUCAAUAUGUAUUCAUGUUUUCCCUCUUUAUGCGCACACUCAGGUAGAGGCAGUCGCAGUAAGAUUUCUGUACUAAGAUGUGUUGUUUCGUAAAGCCUUGAGGCGAGGAUUAGAAAUUGUAGAAGCCUAUAAACCAAAGGAGAAUAGAUCCACAUGUAUGCUUUUGUUAUCUUACACACAGAAGGAUGAUCUUAAUAAGGUAUUAAAUUUGAAACGGUGAAAAAUGAUAUCAGAUUUGUUAUUAUAUCAAGUUUGCAGUGUGUAAACAAAGAAAUAGAUGCCAGCCUCAGCAAACGACUUGGCAGAGGUGGAUGAAGUUAAACAAAGACAGAACUGUCUGUGAACCUUUAAUCAGUUUAUAAAGACAGUCUGUUAAUUCGCUUUCAACCCAGUUCACCUUCCCUGUUUCAUCAAAUCUGGAAAGUCAGACAGUGUUAAGGAGAUCUAUUGAUUUUCGCAUCGUCUCUUAUCUCAUUACCUGACGCCGAUGUAAGUUGACACAACUGAGAGCAGAUUUACAGACAUGUUAGUGAGCCCGACUUUGCUAAUUUGUUCAGUGAUAGUGUUUUAACCGAAUGGAAAGUUGAAGAAUCGUGUUGAACCUGAUCAAAACCAUAGUUUUAGAAAAACACAACAGCUACAACAUUGAUAUCUUUCAAAUUCAAGGUCAAGUCUGAUGAUAGUCACAAUUCUGAAUACCCUGUAAUCAUGACAGAUUUCUUUAUUUUUUAUUCUUUUCUCUUUAAUAUUAAUACCAAUUAGCAAUUCACAGGGUUCCUAUGUAAGUAUGGAAAUAAAUUUGAUCAAUUUCCAGGUCUUAAAAAGUAUGGAAAAUGAAAAAUAAAGUAUGGAAAAAUUGUCAUGUUUCCUGACUAUUACCACAGUUUCUAAAAAUAGAAAAGUAGGAAAUUCCAAAAAAUAAUUCUAAAAAGUAGAAUAUGAAGAAGUAGGGAAAUUCCAACUGUGUAGGAACCCUGAAUUCAUUUUUAAAGAAGGGGUACUGAUCCUGUUUCAGGUUUUAGUCCACUCCUAAUGAUUCCCUAAACCAGCUCUAGAUCCAUUCUAGUCAUACCUUGAAAGAGAAUUACCUGAGAUACAAACCUUUAUUCGACUGACCUACUGAUCACAUGACAAGCCAUCAAAUUAGGUUGACAUUCAAGGCCAGUGCAGAGCAUGCCAAGAUGCACUAAAGCUGUAACUCUGCUAUCUUUACUUGUUAUCAUUGUCUGCAAAUGAAAGACCAACAUGUGAAUAUAGAAUUUGGACAUUUGAAAUGUUGUUCUCAUAAAAACAAAAAAGUAAAUUUGAUUCAACAAUUUGAAAAGUAAAUCAUGUUUUUGCUUCAUUCUCAUUCUAACUACUACCAGCAGACGGUGAAAAUCGGCCCUCUGCUCUGAUGCCACAUCACUGUUAUCUCCCCCAGAUUCAAGAUUCAGACAUAGUACUUCUCAGAAUCUGUCAACAAGUUUUGAUCCAGGACUCAUUCCCCCACUCAGCUUCUCGCCCGUCCUUAAAUGACUCGGCCAAAGCGACGCUACCCGCACACACACAAUAGCGCGUAUUGUUCGAAACGAGCCGGUGAUUAGAGAUUCCUGUAACCGCAGUGGGUCGACGGCAGCGCGGCUGAAAUCCACCUGACUGGCCGCAGUGUUUCUUUCUCUAAUGGAAUGUUUUUUCUUCCCGCAGCCAAGAAUGAAGAAAUUCGGCGAUUAGAGAGAUGCGAGAUCAAACGCAGGCUCACACGAAAGGUCAGGAUUCACUCUUUUACACAAUUAUAUCAUUUGCUUUACGAUGCUGCUCUCCUAAGUAGGCCGUAUGAAAAUGAAAACUGACAUGCUCCUCUUGGUUUUCCUCUCAGCUUUCUCAGAGACCCACUGUGGCUGAACUCCAAGAGAGGAAGAUCCUGCGCUUCCACGAGUAUGUCGAGAGCACGCACGCUCAGGACUAUGACCGACGGGCUGAUAAGCCGUGGACCAAACUCACACCUGCUGACAAGGUGCGAAACGUACACACACAUAAAUACACACUCUCCUACCUCCCUUUGCUACUAACAGGGCUGCUGAGGCUUAGAGAGUCUUAGUGGGAGCCGGCCUAAGCUGUGUGCAUUUUGGCAGCUAUGUAUUUAACUUUGGUCAACUGUGUAAGGAUUUGCAUUCUUAGAAGAUUCAGUAUCGCAGAGGAAUCCGAGGAACAGGAAUUCAGAUGUAAGUGGAUAAUCGGGUCCUGUGAAGGUUGGGAAACAUAUAGGACCAGAAUAAUAUAUAUAUAUGUACAUGCUCGAAUAUGCCUCUUAAAGGCAUGUUUACCCUCAGAGCUCUGCAUUAAAAUAUGACCAUUCAGCACCAGGAUGAACACUUGAGGAAAUUGUGAUAUAAUAUCCUUUUCCUAUAUCUGGGAAAAGGAGCAGUGUAUGAUGUUUUUACAAAUACAGCUGAAUCGACGGGUGAAUCAUACUGAUACAGAACAAUGCUGAAUUUGUAAACAUGAACAAAAGGAGGCUUAAAAAAAUAUUUUUAGCGUGUGUGUGAUUUGCUCCUUGGGAGAAAUUGGGAAAAUUCAAGAAAGAAGUUGUUAGGAAAAGAUAGAUGAAUGGAUGGAUGGAUGGAUGGAUGGAUAGAUGGAUAGAUAGAUAGAUAGAUAGAUAGAUAGAUAGAUAGAUAGAUAGAUAGAUAGAUAGAUAGAUAGAUAGAUUCAAAAACACAAGCAGCAACAAUGACACACAGUGUACAUUCGACAAAUGCAAACACUGUGACAAUACUUACACUGAAUCACAAUUACAUAACAACAGUCUGUAAAUAUGACCAUACGGCAGUAGUGCAGAGUUACGAAGACAUAAUAAACCGAGAUAAACAGAUAAAUAAACAGAAAAAAGCAUAGUAUGAGAAUCAAGAAUACAGUUGUAAAUCUGUUAAAAUCGAGUGGUUUAAGAAAAUAAUUGCAAAUAUAUGGUGGAAAUUUUUUAUUAAUCCCCAAAGGGAAAUUCAUUUGUGUGAAAUCUCAUCUACUAUUUAUAAAAGAAUUAAAAACAACAAGGUCCAACAAGGUGUUAUAAUUAUAGUAAUAAUAGUGAAUAUAGGGGCCCAGUGAAAUACUCGAAUUUUGGACCGGCCUAACCUGCCCGUCAAAUUUCAUUAGUUUUUCAGCAUGUCCAGUGGGUUUUAAAGUUGAAAACCUUUAAAAAUAAUAAUAAUAAUCCCUGCAAUUUCAAUAGCACUCUCACCCGCUGCUUGCUUGGCUCGGGCCCUAACAAUAAUAAUAGUAAUAAUAAUAAUAACUUUAUUCAUAUAGCAACCUUACAAACAGACGUGUACAAAGUGCUUCAAAACAUGAAACAAACAAAGGCAGAAACCGGCAAAACUCAGUGGAUAAUAAAUCAACAAUAGUCAGGCAAAAAGGCACAGAUUUGCAGAUACAGUACAGUAGAUGGCAGGUCAUAGUUGAAAAUUGAUGAUUGAAAGUUGAAUGUUAUGAAGUGGAUGAUCCAUAUUCUUUAUAGUGGCCUCUACCUUCCACAGUGUGCGAGGGAAAUAUUGUAAAUGAACAAGAAUGAAGUCAUAAUUCAGAGUGAAAAAGAAAAGUUUAUGAUUAAAAGUUGUUGGGAAAAUAAGUUGUAAUUUCCACCAUUAUCUUAAAAGUAAGAAAAAAAUCAUCCAAGGACAUAAAUGAAGUUGUUUGUAUGAGGAAGAGUCAUUGUUCGACCCAUAUAUAAAAUAACAUCUAAAGGAUAUCAGGAGUGCGUCCAGCAGUCAGGACUGAUGUAGAGAUUUUGAGAUAGCGAGAUCUUUUAAGUUUAUCCGCAGUCUGACAACAGUUGACUAAAGAUAAUGUUGUUAGCUUUUGAUCAUGCACUGUCUUUCUUCUUUUGUGCCUUAAGUGGAAAAACCGCCCCCCUGCUGAGGUACUGUUCUUUCAUGUCUCCUCACAGGCUGCCAUCCGCAAGGAGCUCAACGAAUUCAAGAGUUCAGAGAUGGAGGUUCACGAAGAAAGCAGGAUCUACACCCGGUCAGGCUCAUAUACACAAACACAUCAAUAAUUCACCUGGACUGUGUUGCAUGUUUAUUCAGCAGACUCAUCAAUAUUUAAAUAGUCCUGUUUUGAAGUUCUUUCUUUUUUACUUUGAGGACAUCCUCCUGACCUUUUCUGCAUUUUCUUCCUCUUCCCACCAGGUUCCACCGACCUUGACCCCCCUGUACGCUCACCAGUGGAUCACCUCACCUGGGAGCUGUAACAGGGUUACACUCUUCCUCCUCUUCCCACUAUGAACUGAACAUGUGGCUUUUUAAACUGACUGCCUGCUAACCUGCUUCAGCUUCAGACACGACUGUUUCUGAUAACUGGAACCAAAGCGAAAGAAGACGAAGCCACGGAUCAGUUCGCAGGAGGAGUUCGUCGUCGGUGCACCCAUAAUGGAGGUGCCUGUUGCCAACACUAAAAGAGUAUAAUAAUAAAAGCACCUCCUCCUCCUCCUCCUCUUCUACUGCUGUGAUGUGAAAAGAGUCAGCUUGAGCUGAAGUGAUGGGGAGGUAUCACACCGUGUCCCUCAGGGGAAACCACUCUCAGCAUGCCUUUACCUGCCUUCAUGUUAGAUAUUUGAUAAGACUAUGCACAAACAGAGAUGAUUGUAGUUCUAACACUGUCCAUGGUACCACCACAUUAGAGUUUAUACUGUUUAUAUUUUAAAUAAAAGGUACUACAGAGGUCCAUCUUAAAGUGCUGCGCAGCACCCGCCUUAACCCUCAGGAUCUCACGCCCAAAGUUUCAGACGAAAUGUGACAGACGCGCGUACAGCGGCGUGUUUCUACUGACAAAAAUCACCCGUAGUUCCGUUUGAAUCCUAAUUUGACUUCUGUUUAGAACUACAGAGCGCUAAUCCUAACUUAAUAUAAAAAGUGUGCAUUUUACUGUAUUAUUGCUGAUCCUUUAAUUGACUCUUUUUGAGCACAUAUGACUAGAGAAAUGUCUAAUAAGGCACCUUAUGUUUCUUAAUUUGGUGUGUAGAAAAUUCAGAAAGUGUGGAGUCGACAAUUCUGUGUUUAUAACUGAAUAAUCCAAGCGGGAAAAUGUACAUAUUUUUAUUUUCCCGGCUCUUUUAUGGUACUUUAUAUGCAAGUCCAUAGUUGGCUGCAGUUGUAUAGAUCAAUUCUGUAGAUUAAACUGACUUUAUAUUGUACAUCCACGGUAAUGCUGACAUAUUUUGAUUGUAAAGUAUUUCUCAAAUGUUAUUUCCAAGUAGUUAAUGGUACAAAUAUUUCUUUUUUUUUUUUAUACAGAGAUCUUAAAAAUGUUUUUUUUUUUGUUGUUGUUUGCAAGCCACACUGUACAAAUGAACAAUCAACUCGGAAAUUAAAAUAACCUGUGAUUUUCAUUUCAACAUGAUGUGAUUUUUUUUUUUUGCUCAGUUGUUCAACAGUUUCAUCCUGAGCGAAGGUUUAUGGCCUGCUCACAUGACCAGAUGAGGGCAGUGUUAUAUAAAAUGUGCAGAUGGACGCAGCAUAAUCCUGGUGCAAUGAUGUGGUAUAAGACAAAUAAAAGCCCUUAUCAGGUUAA